AUGAGCAAGACUUUGCGCCCGGGUAAAGGGCGUCCGAACAGGCUGGCAGCUUUCGCCUGAGCAGCUCCGCGCCGGAAGAGAGCCGCUCACCCCCCUCCCCCGAUCUCCAGGCUUUGGCCUUGAGCUGCACCUUUCUCUCCGGGGUUGGCGAGGGGAUUUCCCCGCGGCCCAGACUCGGGCUCCUGGCUGUUCGGCCUUCUCAGAAGCCGCCUGUCGCAGCUCCUUUCUUGGAGCGAGCGGGGUCAGCAACUGCGGGUGACGAGAAAAGAAAACCCUUGUAAACCCCAGCUUGGCGUGCGAUUAGUCAUCCCCAGAGUUCCCCUAAAUCAAAGAAAAUUUGGCAAUCCCCCAAAGCCGGAACCGUUAGGAGGGGCUACGCCUCCUCUUUCCCCAUCACCACCAGCACCCCCUCCUCCUAGGAAGGGCACGGUAGGGGCUGGGGAGCUGGGGGGGGCAGUGUGCGUUUCUGCCGCCGCCGCCGCCGCGUGUGUCAAAGCUCCUGCCGUCUUUCAAACGUUCGCGAAAGGUUUUCAUCUUGGCAGCCAGAUUAGCAACUAACGAAGUUCGGCGGCUGCAGCCCACACGACUUUAGUUGCCUGCGUUUAUCCUUCAAUAAAAGCCGAUUCCUUUAUUAGAAACAGGAGGCGCGUCUCCUACCGCCCCUCUCAAACCCCAACUGGCGAGGCGCAGCCCGACACCUCUCUACGCGCCCUCCUCGCCCCAUCGAUUCCCCUCUGGCAAAGCCACCGCCAAGCCCUCCCGACGCCGGUGGCUGCCCCUGCUUCCACACCGGGGCCGGCCAGCAAGGCACACGGAGCCCCUGCCAGCCUCUCCUCCCUGGUGCAGGGAGUUAGUAACCCACAGCACACCCUCGAUCGCGGGGGAGGGGGGGCAGCCAACGUCUCCCUUGAAAUCUCCCCUCGGGGGAGGCAGCCAGCCCGAAGCUGCAAACUAUUAAUCUCUUUCUCACCAGGGGCAGCCAAACUACCAGUAGCAAAUCCCCCGCUUCCCUGGGGCAAAGGUUUGAAAUCCGUCGCUCCCCCCCCCCGCAAAAAAAAACCCCACACUCAAAUCCUCUUCCCUUCCCCCAUUCUCUCCCCAUAGGUAUAACCAAUCUAUUCAUUUCUAAGACCAUACAAACACACACCGCUCCCUAGCAAGGCAUCCAACACCUCCAUCAUCCUAACCAGCCCCCCCCUCCGGAGCACCUUCGUUCUUCCUUCGAGAAAAGUCGCUUCCUUUAUUAGAAACAGAAGGCACGCCUUACCCCCUCCAAUUAAAAAAAACACCAAAAAAAACCAAACCUCGGGCGCAACCGCCCCCGCUUUCCCACCCCUAAUAGCAGGGGGCCCUCCCCUUCUCAGGCGAAGCUAACACGCCCUUCCCUCUCCCUCAAAUCCCUCAUUACCAGGCGCAGCCAACCUCCCUCCCCUCCCGAAGCGCAGCCAACCACCCAUCAAAUCCCCCUUCGCCAGGCGCUGCUCCCGCUCCCUCCCUCCCCUCCCCCCGCAUCAGCAGGUCUGAGAGGCAGCAGCGACGUAUUUGCUUGUGCUCGUUCGCCAGCGGGGCCAGAUUGAGCGAGCGAGGCUGCGAGGUUUUCCCGGGCGCCGCCGGGAGAGCUACGCUUGCUCUGGAUGCCAACGGGCACCCUGCCUAUCCCUCGCGCUCUGCAGCGCGCUGGAGGCCCUGGGGAGCUUGUCGGUGCCAAAGCGAGGGCAGAGCCCGAGCCGCGGCUACACGGCCGCUGUUGUGCGAAACGCCAUUCGGCAAGCUCUGCUCGCAAAGCAGGCAGGUGAUUCUGCCGAGCACAAUGAAAGAGACCCUUUUCCCGGUUUAAACGGCGCUGAGCUGAAGCGGCUGGCUGGCGGGUGGCGGGGAAGAGAGCGAAGCGAAAGCGCUGGGAGGCCAGCUACGGUGGCGAUACCCUCCGCCAAGCGGUUUGGCCACGUCCCGGGGCGGCGGGACAAGCGAACUGGUGUUUUCCUGCGGGGAACGCGGCGUCUCUCGCCGAGUCCUCCUUGGCGCAGGCCCCAGAGCUCGCGGUACAGCGAAGCCUGCCCUGAGGGCGGGAAGAGGCGCGAGGAACAAAGCCCGGCGGCAGCCACCUCAGCCGCCCCAGGGCUGGCUGGCGGGGGAGGGCUAGGGAGGAGCGCUUGGGAAACGCCACCCGGGCGGGCGCGGGCCUGGCAGGGCUUCCGAGGCCUUCGCCGCGGGGAGCGAGGAGACCCCUUGCUGACGGCCAGGCUAAGCGGGGGGGGGGGGGGGCCGAAGACAGGCCUCUCCAAAGCGGGAAGUUGCCGCUUGGCUGCCCUCCCUGGCGCGUCGCCUCGCUCCUCUCCUGAGGCCAGGGGCCUCCGCCGCCCACGGUGAGAACCGAAAGGGGGCCAGCCGGCAGUCUCGGCAGCGCGGGGGUGGGAGAGGGGAAACCCAGCCACGGCGUCUGGAGACAGCGCUGCCUCUAGGCCCGGCGCGGGCCUCCCGCUCUUCUCGCCGCAGCGCUCGCUCGCCCACCCGACGAGGGCGAAGAGAGCUGCUCUGAAGAAGCGGGCUCGCUGCGCAGCUCCGCACCAGCCACGGCUGGGAGCGGGAGGCUGGCGCGGGAGGCUGGCGGAGCGGCGGUGGCGGCUGCCGCCUGCUCUAUGCCUUGCGCGGCCCGGAGCUUCCACCUCUCGGCCUGCCUAAGGGCGCGCUUUGCAGAGCGAGCGAGGCAGACACCGCCGCCGCGUGAGGCAGUCAGUCUCUGGUCCUGCUGCGUGACACGAAAAGAUGGCGCUGCCUCGUCUUCCCUCCCCCUCCAGCAGCCUCCUUCCCUCUCGGCUGCCACUUCCUUCCCAGCCGCCUCGCCGGGCCGUUUUAAAAGGCUUUCCCUCAUUUUUUUUUAUUUUUGCAGCCGGACACUAGUGGGUCUCUCUUCUGCCUUUUCUCCCUGGCUCAGUGUCCUUGUUCCCCGCUCCAUUUGGCUUGUUAACUUUCCUUCUCUUCCCCCUCCCCCAGCCCGCUUUUAAUGUCAAGCAGCUUGCCGCGUGGGGGAGGGGAGCAGGGGGAGCCGGUGGACAAAGCCCGAGAAGCGAGAAAGGAAAAGUUCCGCCGCGGCCUCCCUCCCUCCCUCCGUCUCCGCUCUCCACCCUCCUCCGUUUCCUCUCCCCCUCCGCACCCCCCCCCCAGCCACCAGGGCGGGGAGGCCAAAGAGCUCGGAGCGGGUGGGGUAGGGGCUGCUCGAGACUCCCCGGGAGCAGGAAGGAAACCUCGCCAGAGAGUUUUGGCUGAGUUUCAGAGACACACACAAACAGAGAGAGAGAGACCCGAGCAGGAAUCAAAGCCUUGCGGAUUUGGGCUUCAAGCUGCUGCGAGCGCAUGGAAUAAUGCGUCAGAUUGGAUCUGGGAACAGGCCGUCGAUAAAGUGCCCUCUCCAUCAGGUCCACCCCUACCGCUUCCCAUUAACUGGGGACGGGGGAGGCAAAAGCCACCACACACUCUUCCGGUCAUGGCAGUAUUUUAGCUUCUCAUCGAAGCCUCCCCCCGCCCCUGCGGAUCUUGGUGUGGGCUUCAAUCCAGGGGUUCUUCCCUGCUUAGCGGAGUUGUGGACUAGAGGCUGCCGUGGGCCCAAGUGGCUCUGGUUCUCCCUGCCUGCCAGCUUUUAUGCGUCUGUGCCUCCCACCCCCCACCCCUCUCUCCAUCGUGCUCCUCUCUCCCCCUCUUCCCCCUUUCGGUUGUUUGAUGUUGUUGUUCACUUCCUCCCCACCCAUCACCUUUGCUGAUGGAUGGAAGGGGGUUGGGCUGCUGGAAGGGAAAAGAAAAGAGUUGAUGCGCCAACUCAGAUGUCACAGCCGUCGGAGAAGUUUAACUGCCUGGAAAUUCGGUCACAAAAGGGAGAACGAACGAGCAGCCCUUUGAAUCGGUUCCAAACUACCUCCCCCCUCGCCCUGCUGCUCAAACCCCAGAAAUCCCCCGCCCCCCGUGUACACGCAACGCAGUCAGAUUUGCCCUAAAGUGCUAAGAAAAAUUUUUGUUUUGUUUUUGUGAAGACUGCAAAUGAAAUUCAGCGUGGCGGUCGCCUAUUUUAAGGGCCUGAUAAUUGCAGGUCGUGGUACUGGGAUGCUGCUUAGAGAGGCGAAAAGGCCUCGCGUGCUCUCUUUACCAGCCCCAAAUAUGCGGACAAGUCAGCGGUGAGAUCCGACUCGCUCCCCACCCCACUCCCUCCAAAUUGUCGCAUAAACAUAAUACAUGAGAUUGUAAAUCUGCUGGUUUACAGAGGGAGUGUGUGUGUAAAUUAAACGUUGCCAGAGCUUUGCCUUGUCUGCCAGCGCUUCGUAGCGGUCUGUUUUAAAGAAGAGCAAAUAUUUUCCUUUUGGGAUAGAAAAUGCAAAAUUAGGAAAAGACUGCCACCCAGAACCACAUCCCAGUUAAUUAGAAAUCGAUAAAUCGUAGCAAGAAUGUCUAUAGUAACUGGGGGGUGGGGCGCGCGGUUUGCAUACACUGAUUUCAGUGAGAUUUACGUACUUCUAGGGAGUGUGUUUUGGAUCCAAGCCGGUGGUGCAGUUUUGUUCCAGGCAAGUGCCCAUCGUCUCUAAAGGCAAACUGAUUUCUUAAUUGUUUUUGCUGCUUGGUCUGAUUGCCAGUUAAAUGGAGUAUCCAUCGUUGUGAAUGUGCGUACAAAAGUGGAAGGGGCCAGAUUUGGUUGUUUGCGACUGACAAGGUCAGGAAAAUUCUGACCUCUGAUCAGAUGCGCUCGAGAGGCGCAUGAGUGACGUCCGCCAGCAUGUUAACAUUUAGCAGUGAGUGGAGCAAGUCUUCCAUUUGUGCUGAAGAAAUGGGGCAGGAGGCUUUCAGGAGCUCUAUGCUUCUUCAUUUCGAGACGAUUGAUUUUUGCUGCCAAGGCACCCGGGUCGCAAGCGCAGUUGCUCUUUCACCUCCAGACACACGUAAUGAGAACCGUGUUAGUCGAAUCCCGCCACCCGCUCAGAAUGCAAAUGUAAUUUUAGCCUGAUUUCCAAACAGAAAUUAUCUCGAGAAGCCUCAGGGGCUGCGGUCCUCAAGUACGUUGUUUGGCAAGAAGAAAGGCGGACCAGGAAAUAUCGUAUUUCCUAUUGUUAUUUUGAAGUAGUUAUCUGAUUCCUAGCAGUUUGCAAAGGGGGUUCUGUGCAUUAAACUAUUGGGAUGACGCGGGAAUUCCGUCUUGUCUCGAGAGAAAUAACGUUUGUCCUUCAUAUUCUCAUUUGUUUUUUGUUUUCUCUUUAUGUUUGCUUGAUCGUGGUCAAAUUUGAGGAGCGAAUUCAGCUUUGCAUGGUGAUUUGAUGGUGAGAAUGCGGAGAAGCGUCUUUCUUCUACCUGUUAUCUCGCUCGGGAUUGAAUAUUAACAGACAUCAGCCUCCUGCGGUCGGUCCCGAGGCCUUGCCUUCUAGACCUUUGUCUGCUUUUCUAAAGGCAAGCAGGCACCAGGCACUUUCCUCUUUAAAUGCACUGGGGCUAAUCGGAUUACAGUGGGGCCGAUGGGGAGGAGGAGGAGGAGCGGGAGAGCCAAUUUUGACUAUUUAGAAAGCGGGUGCAGGGGUCCCCAAGGCCACAGCACCUACCUACGCGGGCCCGUGGUUUGGCCGAAGGUGUUGAUUUCUUUCUCCAGCGGCGUUUGGUUUGACUUCCUAACCCAGGAGGGUUAAAGGACUUCCACCACGUGCUAAUUAAAUCGCAAGUUCUUGCUGGCACCCUUGCAGCCGAAACACAUUCACUGGGAAGCCCGAUCCACCACUCUGCUAGAUGAAAGUCCUGAAACCUAAGACGCCAGAAGCCUCGGGUGGCAAACCCUUUUGUGUGGAAGUAACUCUUAUUCAUUUCAGUGGAAUGUAAGGAUUAGGGGAAAAUACUUUUUUUUUUAUUGAAAUGGAUGACACUUCCAAAUAAAUGCGGCAUAGGCUCUUCCUGCACUCCAGCAGCGAUCUGUCGAAGUUCUCGGACUUAAAUGGCUUGUGGAUCGUUGGGAGGCAGUAACAGAUGAGCAAUGUCAAAUAAAUACCAAGUGGAGCUAUAAAGUAGAAGUUUGGAAGCGCCUUCCCAGGGCCAAUUAAUCUUACUGAUGGGGGCGGGGGGGGUAGAGAGCACGUACCCGAGAUCCCUUCAGGACUGAAUUUGAAGCAGUGCUUAAAAACGCCAGCACGUGUUUUCAAUAUUUGGGCUCAGAUCUGGUGCGUAUGAGCUGGAGACAGAUGUUUUCUUCCUUUUAGUCUUCCAAGGUCUGGAAGCAGGGCGAUAGAAUCUUCUUUCUUCGCGGGUGCGCACUCGUUUCUCUCCCACCCCAUCUGAGCGUUGUGUCAGUGCAGACAGGUUUUUCAGGUUUUAGCUGUGCUUUGUCAAAAAACCUGCAAAGCCUGUUUGACCGGUGGCGAUGGUGCGUUCGCCACGGAAGGGUGGGGGUGGGCUCUUUGGUGCUCCCUUGGGCUCUUUUAAAUAAAACCAUAGCCUCGCUCCAGGCUAAUGGAGAAAGCUGCUUUUAUUCCGUCCUCCUUUAACCACAAAUCUUCUCCCUACUCCCUAUGCAAAGCACACCCGGGACUGGACACAAAGGCUUCUAGAUCAGAGGGUGCGGCUCUCAAGAAGGACGGAACCCCAACACCUUACUUCGUGGUAAACAAGAAGAGCCGUUCUAGUGGACUAGUUAUCCCCACGAUUAGGACGUCAAACGGAGGCUUCCCUGCUCAUUUUUUCCCUUCGACAUAUGUUUAGCAGCGGUGUGUGACUCCAAACGGCCUGUGCAAUUUGAGGAAGGGAGGGGAGGAGUGGUGGAAGAAGCAAGUAUUCUGAAUUAAUUAAUCCGGGGCGAAAAGGGCGUGAUCCCCUCUGCGCCCUCGCCGAGUCGGCAUGGUUGCCAAGUGCAGGGGAGCCCCCAGCUCCCAAGCUUCUGGGCAGACUGGUGAAAAUAAGAGCCCCCGGGCCAGCUCUGCCUAGUAAACAGCUAGCGCGUUUGUGCAGGCGCGCCGAGUAAACAGUGCCUGGCAAACAGACCACCGGCUUGGCUGGGGCUGAAGCAGAAACCUUCCACUUCUCAGCACUUAGCAACCGAGCCAAGCGUUGCUCGCCCGCUCUUUCCCGGAGCCAGGCAGGCAGGCUCGAUUUGAUUUACUUUCUGGUUACGACGCAGAGAUUUCGCCUGGCAGUUCAAGGGCAGGACAGGAAUCGUGGAAGCGGAGUCUUGUGAACGGAAAUCUCUCAUUUACAAGGUUCUGCUCCGCCACCGAAAGCCACCCUCGAGCACAUUUGUUCCGCACGCAGCUCUCUUUUAUCUUCUCCACUCGCUCCUUCUUCCCACGUCUCGCACGGAGGCGGGAGGGAGGGAGCCGGUGGGGAACCGCAGCGCAAAUGCUACAGGAGCGAGCGAGAGAGCUCUGCUUGGCCUCUCGUUUAGGCCCAGGGCAGGCGGAAUGUAAAUAGGAAAGCGAGCUCCUGCUCCACGCGUAGACUAGAUUCUCCAAGGCCAGACAAACACAGCAGAGGCACGUGAUCAGGCUGCCCUACGAGCCUGUAAAGGCAGCAGAAGAUGAGAGCCAAGGAUCUCCCCGCCACUUGGUAGGCUUAGAGGAAGGUGAGGAGUGAGCAGGAGGACGUGCGUCUGACCAAGAGAGCCUGGCUGGCCUUGUGCAGACCCGAGAACUUGGCGCGCUAAAUGAACACUUUUCGAGCCCCCCAGUCUGGCUGUUGGGUUGAUGGGAAUAGAAAAUGGAGGCUUGGCAUUAUUGUGGUUUUCACUCAAAGGACUGCAGAGUCGUGUCAAAAACUUGUAAUGAGGCCCUGCACUCAAACAGAAGGAUAAGGUAUUGAUCUCAAAAACAGGAGCGGGAAGGCUGAGAUAAACGAAACAUGUUUUCAGUCCUCUCCUUAGGCAGGAGCCUUGGAUGUCAUGCCCGUGGAAAGCCAGUGGGCCUUCACUGCCAGUGUUUAUCACUAAACCCAAAUGGAUAUCACAGAAAAAGAAAACUGGAGAAUAAACACUCUAUCAGAGAUUAGGAUAUGAGGGUAUAUUUUGCCUUGGCUUCCAUAUUUGGAGUUCUGAGAUCCUCCAAUCCUGCCCCCCUCUAAAAGGAAAUUUCAAAAAGCCCUCUAGCAGGGUUGUACCUGGUGCUUAUUAGGUGGUGACUGCAGGUUUUUUUAGUGUUCCCGGAGUAUGAAACUGCUAGGUAGUGGUAGUUACUCAAUACAGUGGUACCUCGGGUUACAUACGCUUCAGGUUACAGACUACGCUAACCCAGAAAUAGUACCUCCGGUUAAGAACUUUGCUUCAGGAUGAGAACAGAAAUCGGGCCCCGGCGGCGUGGCGGCGGCAGCGGGAGGCCCCAUUAGCUAAAGUGGUGCUUCAGGUUAAGAACAGUUUCAGGUUAAGAACGGACCUCCGGAACGAAUUAAGUACUCAACCCGAGGUACCAUUGUAAUGGCUAUGGCUUUUCCUUUAAAAAGCGAGUGGGUUGAGUUUCGAAACCCUGACUGAUUACUUGCCCCUUUUGAAUGGCCCCCAGUAAUUCAUUUUCAUUCAUAGGCUCCCAUUGUCUUUUUCUCUGUCACAUGCUUUGUGUGAGGAAACCUAUCAUUUCAAAGAGCAAGUUGGGAAUAAAACUCACAAACUCAGUGUACAUUAAUUUCUUUGCAUAUUUUUUAUUUUUAGCCUACAAAUGUGCUCAGGGCCAUGUUAGUAAUUUUGGGUCUUGCUCAAAAAAAACAUUUCCAUUGGGAAUCCUGCCACAUAGUUAUGAAUACUUUGUACCAUAGAGGAAAAGCAGGUUGUGUGAAAUCACCUUCUAAUUUUCCUACUCUACAUAACACUCAAUAAGCUAACAGUUUAUCCUCAAGUCUUGAAAAGUUUAUUCUACCAUCAUUAAAAUAAUGUGCCUAGACAGGGCAUUAUUUCCCCCUUUUCUUUUUCUUUUUAAAAUGAGACUGUGUUUAGAGACUGGCCACAUAGUUGGUUUCUUUAAUUUAAAGGAACACACACUGCCUAGUGAAGAUCUAUAAUACAGAUUCAUACAAAUAUGUGAAUAUGCCACAUAUCCCAGUUAUAGGAAGUUUUAAAUUAUUUGCAAUAUCUUGGGAGGAAGCUGUGCAAGUCAUAGGUGUGCUAAACAUGGUGUAUGCACAUGUCACAUAAUAAGAGCACUGUGCAAUCUACAAUAGUACCUAAUGGACUAUACAGAGGGAGAAAAGGAACCAAUUUUGCCUGUCCACUAGCACCUCUGGCAUGUUCUCUGUCUAGGCUAGCCAUAUGACUUAUCAAAAUGGUCUUUACUUAGCUUUUGGCUAAAUCCUGCAUGGCACCUUUCCAUAUGCAACCUUUUGAUUCAGAAGAAUGUGUGUGUGUGUGUAUAAAAGCAUUCAUUGGUUGCCAAGAUCCAAGUUUGGGGAAUGCACUCUUUGGUGAGAGAACCCCAGCAGAUAUUUAAAAUCACAAAAUAUGUAGCAAAGCAAAGCAUGGAAAUUUAGGCAGUUAGACCUUUUAAAAAUGCCUUUCCAAGUAAGUUCCGAAAUAGUCUCCUAGUCUGCCAAUAUAGGAAAAUACCAUAUGUUUAGUAAGUUAAAAAUGGUUUCCUUACAAACUCUCUAAAGGUCAGGUUCAUGUGCUUUUCCAUACAUCAGUAUGCACAGUUGCACAGACAGUAAAACUUAGUUUAGUUCCCAAGUGGUGAAAUGAUUUAUAUACAAACUCAAGAAUGGCUUGUGAAAGCCAUCCAAUAUGAGCUUGGAUAACUAGCUCAGACUUCCUCACACAUUGAGCUUGUUAGGUAGACUGAGGGGAACAAAUGCUUGAAUACCUUCUCCUUCCAAAGGUGCGCUGAGCCUGGCAGGACAGCUUGCUCUAUGCUUUUAACCCUUUCAUGCAUUAAUUAGACUUAAGCAUGUUGGUUCUGUGACAGUUAUGCUACAUAAUUAGGUUGAGGGGGUGAUGGGAAAUACAGUGUGCGUGCAUGCUAAAAUAUCAUGGAUUAAAACUUGCCUGUGUUCAGUUCAUUGUCAGUUAACGACACCAGUUUCACCACAAUUUUACCCAUAGAGUAGAGGGCAUUCUGGAAUUCUGCUUUUUGUCUUAUUUGAUCUGAAGCACACUUACUAGGAAGGAGUAAGCCCCAAGGGAAACCCCUAAUAUGUGUGUUUAGGAUUGCAUCCUUAAAUAAAAUAAACAUUAGUGGUCCCAUCAUGUCCUUUACUCCAUAGGGAAAAACUGUGACCAAACCAAAGGAAUUGUCACUGAAUUUAACCAUAGUGGGGCUUAUAAACAAGGGAAACAAAAGAAGCAUGCAGUAUGGCCUUUUAUCUCAAACCAUUUGAACUACAAAAAAUACCAUUACUGUUGCAAACCAUGUGAACUACAACAUAAAACUAUCAUCUGAACUUGCAAGAAUUUAAUCAUUCAGUGUAAUGUGAGUGUGGUAUGAGACAGCUACUGGAGGAUAACCAGUUGUGCUGUCCCUAAAUCACCACCUUAGUCCUCAAAUCUGUUACUCUGGAAUAUAGUAUUGUUGAAAUGAGAAGACCCCAGAGUCAGCAACUUGCAGGUUUUCCCCCUACCAUACCUUCUGACAUCAGAAAAGCUUGUAUAUUUGACCUAGAGGCUUUUCUUCUCCUGCAGCCCUGUUUAUAUUUUAACUUUCCAUCCAGUUCAUUAACAAGAAAAAGAGCUGCUUUUUCAGGAAAGGCAAUGUUCCUAAGGACAGCAAAGUCCUUCCUUUCCCUUCUUGAAAAUUCUCUACUUACAGGCAAGGCCAUUCACUGCCUAAUGACCAGAGUUUUUACCAUAAGGCUGUGUGUGCUCCAGAGUUGGAAACCGCUAGCUAAGCGAGUCUAUUUUUAAUUCUUUUUGUCACAGGAGGCCUGGGUUAUUUUUGUAACUACCACAUCUCCAAAUCCCCCCUCUCUGGCCUCCAAGAAGGUCUUGGAGCAUGUCAGUAAAUAUACAUCCUUACCCUAGAUAUUAAGAUGGGCAGAAGUCCUAUAUUUAUGCCCAGCUUCUUAAGCAGCCCUGGCUUCUUAAGCUUUGAAAUGCUGCAAUUAUGCAAAUAUUUGUGAUGCUGUCCCCUUUGAUCAAAACUUUCUCAAAAUGAUCCCUUUCCAUUAUGGAGCAGGAUAAUGUAUUUUGGCCAUGUAAAGUGAGGUACAGAGCUCCUUGAACCGUUUUUUUUUUUAAAAAACAAACCACAGAAUCACACUAGUUUCUCAUGCCAUGCAUUCCCACGUUCCCCAAAGUUGAAUGAUAAAAAGGAUUUCUACAAAAGGUAUCAUUCUCCCCACUCUUCUUCAGGCCUCAGUUUUGUCACAACUAAUAUGCAAAAAGUACAGGAGGUUUACAUUCUGCUUUUGUUUUCAGCUGAGGUUAUCUAGUUGAUAUACCCCUCCAAGGGAUGUAUUGGGUGUUAUGGAAGGGGUAGUACCUCUGGUCCCCACCCAGCAUUCAGCUUUCUCCUGUGGCUCCUAGAAGCUGUAAGCAUGUGACAGCAGCUACACCCACAUGGCUUCGACUGGCUAAACCAGUGGGUGUCAAAUCCUUGGCAAGUUAGGGACUUUCCCUGCAUGGAAAGACAGGCUCUGAUGGAUUGAGAGGAGGAGAACAAUAGUGGGUCCAAAGGUCAAGAAGGUAGUUUUUGCACAUGCUGUAGAGGGAAGUGAGGGGCAGAUGGGGCUCGUCAACCUGGGAAAGUAGCUCAUCCAGGAGAAGGAAAACUCUGAUCCUAAACCUCUGCUGCCUUGUGGGAUAUCCUCAGAGAAGAACGGGCUAAGGAGAAAACCUUACACAAAUCUAGAGUGGAGUCCCUAAAAGGAUUGGAUCACUGAGACUAAACACGAGGCAAAAUAGUUCUAGAUAGAUAUGUGUUCAUAAACAUGCUCAGAAGAGCAUUCUACUGCCUGAGGACAGGGGCAGAGCUACCUGCCCUGGCACCUGGAGUGGCGUGGGGGCAGGGCUAGCCGCCUGCGCGGUGAGUGUAGGGGGGUGCUGCUAGCUGCCCGUGUGGCGAGCAUCCCUAGCUGCCUGCCACCCACACGGAGAGCGUGUGGUGGGGUUGGGGAUGGCACUGCGAUGUAACUCGCCCUCACAGCUGACACACACCCCCGCACCUGCCUUCCUCCACCAGUGCCUGAGGAAAGGCCAAGAUGGCACCCCUCCCCAUUCCACAUAUAGAAAGAAGAAAAUCAAGCUGGAAAUCACUGGGAACAGAUAGCAUCCACCACACCUGAAGGAAAGCCUUCCAUGACUCACACACAUCUGUCCCCAACACCAAUACUUGCAUCUAUUCCCCCAACACCUCCCACCCACUCCCUGCCCACCCUCUAGCAUCUGCUGCCUGAGGCGGCUGCCCCAUUCUUCCUAAUGGUAGUGCUGGCCCUGAACAUGAUAACUCGGAAGGAAAUGUCAGCUAUGUUUUCAUGACGCAUCCAGCCAUGCCUACCACAAGCUUGUAUGCCUCCUUCUGGCAACUGCUGUAGCCAAGCUGGUGUCAAAUGUAUUGCUCUGCUUUCCUUUGGACUACAUAAGUGAGACCAAGAGUGGGGUCUUGUUGUCUGGGCAGCCCAGGACCUUCAUACACACUGCCUAAACUUGCACUCUGGGGAGGUCACUUCGGUGCUACUAAUGCAGUAGUUUGACCCUUGAAAGUGCAGUCCAUUGUCUCUUGAGACAGACAGAUGCCAACAACAUAUCCCUCCAAGUGCAUCACUGAUAGAUGUAAUCCAAUCCAAUAAAGCUAUUGAUGAUUUAACUAAAUUUAGCAGGGCUAUUGUCUAAAUGUGCUGAAGAGUUAUGUGACAGAACCAGACCACCUUAAGUCCAGCAUGCCAUCUUAACAAGUUUCUGCAGUAGCUUUAAAAUGGAUUGAAUGCUGAUUCAACUGGUUUGCUGAUAUUCUCUUAUUCCUUUUCUGACUGACAAGGUAGGAAGCAGUCAGAGAAAAUUUACUUCCAACUUUCUUCUCAGGCAUACAGCCAACCUCUUUAUCUAGUCUUUAGACUUACAAGGAGUGUUGAGGCAGUUGCUAGGUGCCAUUUGCAGUUGUGGUACUGCUUGCUGCAACCAAGCCUCAGCCUACUGAGAUGAUUUUACUAGAUCCAGGAAAGGAGGCUGCUGUGUUGCAUUUAGCAGGUGAUGAUAGGACACAGUGCCAAAAGCCCCCACAAGCCAACUUGGAAAUGCCUGUGGAGCCUAUCCAGAAGUUGUCUAGAAAUCACACUGCACAUAUUUAUUCUAGGAUCCAGCGAAUAGCUAGGGCGAAAAUGUGGCUGUUUCAAAGAGCAGCCCAAAUUGGAGUGUGUGCAUCAAGGGAGGUGGAAGGAAAGAAGUAAAGAUAAUAUGGGGGUGGAGGAAGGCACCAGGGAAAGGAUCUUAUGAAAUAUAGGCUCAUGAAUAUGAAAACAUGCCAGAAUGCUAUGUAGGCCUUCAAGGUGCCACAGAGCUCUUUGUUUUUGUAACAAUGGACUAACACAUCUCCUGUUCUGCCUAACAAUGCUACAUGUGCGUCAUACUUUAACCACAAAACACAUUAUACAGACUUGCCUUUUGGCUGAAUGACAAUUGGAAAGCUUUAAAGCCACCUCUCAUUAGCACUGUGUUACUUUUUGUUUUGAACUGACAAUUGUUGGCCACAGUUGUUGGCCAUUAAAGUUUUCUUUUAACUCGGCAUGGGUAUGUUUGUAUGGGUGGAUGCAUGGAUUUAAUAAUAUUUCUGUCCUACCUGUUGGUGUAAAAUGGCCUCAAGGUGACUUAUAAUAACAAAGUACAAUAAAGCUAAUACAGUAUAAUAAAUGCAAUUACACCAACCAAACACAGAAAUCCAGUAGAUAAAGGGUCAUUAAGCGAUCACAUAUAGCACUAAACACUCCAGAUAACGGGCUGGACUUUACUUGGUGCCUAAAAGGUAAGAGUUGAUGCUCACUGAAUGUGGGUUCCAUAAUUUGAGUGUCACCCAAUAAAAAUCCUCUCCGUUAUUCUCCCAUUCAACUUUAAGAAGGUGGGGGGCACCUGGGGAAAUGAUUUCUACACAUUAUUUUGCUGGCUGGCAGGUUCAAAUGCGAGAAGAAAAACCAUUUUUAUACCCCAUCCCCACACCACUGAGGACUUUGAAGGCCAAAACUAGAACUUUGAACUGACCUUGGAAAUUAACUGGGAGACAGUGAAUAUAUUUUAACAUACCAUGUGCACUGUGCAGUUGGCUGUGACAGUAGAACUUUCUAGAUGUGUUUCAGAGGCAGUAUUACAAUAAUCUAGCCUGUAUAUUACUAGAGUUGACUAACUACGGUCCAAUCAUCUUGUCUCCAAAAGGUGUAGGCUCAAUAAAAGUUGGUAAAAGUUAUGGGUGCCAACAGCAAUUAUACAUUUCAUUUGUUUUCAAACAAAUUAUUUUCUGCUUGAGCCUUCUAGGUGAGAUACAAAUUUAAAUAAAUAUUGAAUUGCAGAUAGAGAGCAUGCUUGCUGUUUCUGUUACUUCCCAGGAAGAGGAAGGCAGAGCAAUCUGGCGUUUACUGGGUGGGAGACAACACUGAAACACUCCCAGGGAAGACACCACUUCUGGGGGAAACUAAGGAAAGGAAAUAUUAAAAAACAAGCUGAUGAAGAAUGGUAGUAUCUCACUAUUAUUGAGAAAGCACCCAUACUGAGACCCUUUUCAUUCAACAAAGAAUCUUGUGACAUGUUAAAGAUUAACAGAUUUAUUGUGGCUUAAGCUGUUAGUUUUAUUAUUGUUAGUCUUAUUGUGGCAUGAUCUAUUUGUCUUUAAGGUGCCACAAGUCUCUCUUGAUGUUUUUGCUGCAACAAACACAACUACCUUGCUAGACAUCUUCAUACAUUCAUUAUUUAUUUAUUUUUAUUCAUUUGGGGUGCAAUACUAUACUGGUGUUAUACUGGCUGAGAGGCUUUCGGAUUUGUGAAGCUUCCCCAAUACAACAGCAGAAUAGCUGAAACGGGGGCAGUCUUUGGCUGAGAUGCACAAGAAAGGAACACACUUGCACCAGAUCCUAUUCUCUCAAUCCAUGGCCAUGCCCCCAUUGGUGACAAAACUUCACUCUUCCAUUGAUCUCAGUAGGAGCGGCGCAUGUAAAAAUAGCUUCCUUGCACCGAUGACCACACUGCCCACACCUCAGUGACAGAACACAGGAUAUGGUAUAACUCAACACAGGAUACCACAAUUGGUAUAUAAGCCCCACACAGUGAGACCAUAACUCAACUAUUAGGCAUGUGACAUUGGAAUAUACCUCUCUGGCCUUAUGCCAUACAUGCUGAAUGGGGGGAUCUGAUGGAAAGAAUCUGGUUGCUCAGAUUCUUGUGAGAACAGGAUGCUAGACUAGAUGGGCCUUUGGCCUGAUCCAGCAGGCCUCUUCUUAUUUUCUCAUACCCCAUGGUGCACCUGAUUGCUUUCUGCUGCUGUGACUGAGUGGUAAGAUUAUUGUACUCCAUAUGUGGGCAUUUGAUUUCCUUGAUCCGCAGAACAAGUGCAGAUCUUUUUACAAAUGCCUCAUAAUUUUUAUUCUACACAUGCAAGGAGCCAAUCUUUCAGUGUGAUAGGACCUAGACUCUGGAACUCAAGGACCAUUUGAUAUUAGGUAAGUGUCUUUGCUGUGUAUUUUUGACACCUGCAGAAAAACAAAUUGUUUAGGCGAGCCUACCCAGACAUGUACACUUGACAAGCAUUUUAAUAUGUAAUUAUAUUUUAUCACAGAUAUUUUUAACACUGCUGAUCUUAUUUAUAUUUUUUAUUUUUUAUGGUCAGCUUGUUCUUAAUGUUUGGUUUUUAUUAGUAUAUUUUAUGUAUAUUUUAUAUAAACCAAUUUGAGCAGGUAUGGGGAUCUUAGUGGAUCCAGGUGUGGCUGAACUACAGCUCCCAUAAACCUUGACCAUUGUCCAUGCUUGCUGAGGCUGAUGGAAGUUAUACAGUAUUUCAGUAACAUCUGGAGAGCCAAAAGCUCUCCACUUCAGGCUUAGAUGAUUAAUUGGUAUACAAACCCCAUUAAGUAAAAAAAAUCAGGGAGUUGCUCAGUGGUAUUUCCAGCGUGAAUUUGAGUCCGAGGUGUUCCUUCUUUUUGCCCAUAAACAUAAUUCUCCCCUCCUCAGCAUAGGAAAUAUGAUUGGGAGUAUUGAACUCCUGUCUCCUACUUCCCAACUGAUGUACCAUGCAGUAAACCACAGCAGGCUGUUGCUGUCAGUGUGUAUCUACCCUUGUUGCAUGUCCUGGUCUCUGCUUUCACCUGUUUGUUAAAAAAGACCUUUCCCUUCCCAGGUGGAUCUUGAACCUUUAUGCCAAGAAGGUUUGCAUGUGUCUCUUUCUCUGUAUGAGUGCUGUCCAAGCCCCUUGCCCAGGGAGCUGUGUGAGUGGUGUGUUUUGUGACUUCUCUUAGGAUAUGCUGUGCUCCACCGUAGUAACAAAGAACAUAAGGGGUUCUGAAGCCCCUGACUUGGAGGAAUGCCUGGGGACUGGCAGUAGAAAGCUCAUUGCUAGCUGUGUCGUGGGGGCUGAUCAAGUGAGGGUGCUGUGGCAUCAUCUGUGUAUACAGUGGUACCUCCGGUUACAAACAUAAUUCAUUCCGGAGGUCUGUUCUUAACCUGAAACUGUUCUUAACAUGAGGUGUGCUUUCGCUAAUGGGGCCUCCCACUGCCGCCACGCCACCUCACAAGACUUCCACUCGAAUCCUGGGGCAAAGUUCACAACAAGAAGCAUCUACUUCUGGGUUAGCGGAGCUCGUUACCCGAAGCGUUCGUAAGGAGGACGGUAUGUAACCCGAGGUUCCAUUGUAGUGUGGUAUGUGUACUGCAGGUGUUUCCCAUCUUCAUGAGUUCAUUGGUUGUCUUUGUAUGUGGGUGGUUAUAUUUCCCAGUCCUGCAUAAUUUAGGUAUAGAAUAGAUCUAUAUGAGGCGUAUAUAUUAUCCUUACACUUAAAAAAAAAACCUACCCAGAGUGACUAACAAAUAGAUAUCAAUGGUUUCUAUGUCACACGUAUGUUGUGUGAACCUGGAAAAUAUAUAUUCUGAGUUUAUACAACAUACAUGGUCAGUAGCUGCAAAGAAUGUAGUACAAGAAGGAAUCUAGCACCUCUGGCAUGAGUUUACUGUCUGCUGCAUAUCUCCUACAGUGAGAGGUAUGACUGGAAGCAUUUAAGUGUAUUUAUCAGAAGCAGUAGGAAUGAUUUACAAGGCUCUGAGACCUAGCUGGGUUUUUUACCCCUUUAAUUUGCCUUAAACAUCUGUAAUGCAUUGAAAACCUUCCCCUUUUACCCAGUCAUGACAGAAGCGGUGUGCUUUAGCAAUGAGUACCUGAGCUUAAAUACCUGAACUUUAUUUGCCCCAAAAGCUUCAGAUUAUUUAAACUCUGUGUAGGAUUGAUUCGCAUUGUUAAGGUGACCUGCCUAGAACAUUACACUUGACACCAUGUGACUGCUUGUUUGUGUCUAUGUGGGAAUACAUUGUGGGAGGCUGCAGUCAAAUACAGCUAGCAAGCAUAGUGCAUGAAGGGGUAAAGGACCACAGAAUUGCAUUGCUAGAUAGACUCAGGUCAUGCCCCCUUUCUUCUGGAAAGGAAGGAAGUGAAGCAUUUCUGCUUCCCCUCUGUCUCUCUCUGUGUGCAUCAUGUAACCAGUGAAAGAGGACAUGUGUAAGCUUUUUCCUGAGCUUACAGCACAUGUUUGGAACUAUAUUCUGUUAUUUUCUACCCAAGCGUAUUUUGCCUGUACUGUAUUAUCCUUGCUGCAGCAUGGCAUCAUGCAAGACUGAGACUUUGAAUCUGUAAGUAAAGCUUUUUAAACGUACUUAACAAUGUGUGGUCUGCUCAUUGCAAGAGACGUGGAAAGAGGUCAGUGCUGUGUGCAGCUGAGUAGGAUAAAAAGGUUUAACAACCCAUAUUCCUAAUGCUAUACUGCUUCUUAACUUUUGUGCAUUAAACUCUGUGAGUUAAACUCUGCUACUGGGGCUCUCUCCCUGCAGGAGAGUGUGCAAAGCCCCAUGUUUUGAAUCCAGGAACCCAGCUAUUUUCUUUGGUUGUUCACCUACACAUGUGGGUCCACAGAGAUUCAUAUAUUAAAUUCCCCCACAUACAUUUUUGAACAAAGGAUUGUGGAGAGCAAAAAAGAAGAUUUGGGGGGGGGUUCACUUCCAAAUAUCAAAUCUCAUCUGAUCUGAUAAACUACAGUAUGUCUAGAGAACUAAUGUUUUCAUGAUGUUGCAAGACUCAGCACAGAGCAGCUGAUAGAAAAGUUAACUGUUUAUUGCAACUGACAAUAGAUGGUCCCAAUAGUGUGAUUUAGGGGACCUAUUGCAUGAUCUGUGAAUCCAGUGACCUAUCAAGUGGUAGAUGGGUAACAAAAUUGCCUCUUAAAAAUCUGAGGUGAGCUGGGGAUAUGAUUCACCAUCCACUUACAGUGGAAGAUUAAAAUGGCAUGCAUCCAAAUACUCAUUCCUUUGUGAUUCAGACUAUUAGCCACCAGUCAAUUGCCAUCUGGCACCUUGUCCUCCAAAUUUACACAAUCUGAAAUUGGCCUUGGGGAUACCCUGUGCUGGGUUGAUCUUGUGCCAGUUUCCUGAAACAGGGAAAGUACUUUUGGAGAAAUGUUUGCACCAGCAUGAAUCCCCAAUGUUGUGUGUUGGCUGCUUCCUGGUGCACAUCAAUGUGCAGAAUCUAAAUGGGCAGACCAUUGAUUGGCUACAGCUUAUACUUUCUUUAGAGCUGUGUUAUGAUUGGCUUAUUGCACACCACAUUUUUUCUUGCUUAAAGAGGUGCCAUGCCAGGGAGGGAAGGAAGAGAGAUGGCUUUAGUCUUGCAUGCUUAUAAGAUAUUAAGAUCCAGUGCCUAAUGAGAUCAUUGGGAGGUUAUCAACUGAGUUAAAACAUUAAUGUAAGAAAUUAUACAAUGUACACAUCUUAUGACACAGAUAGCAAAGCCCAGAAUUAUGAGAGUUGUAUUAUUAAAAAGAAAUAUAAAGCAGUACAUGCUACUUGUUUUGACAGAGGGGGGUCAUGUUUAGGUUUUCUUUCCACAUGACUCUCUUGCACUCUCUUGUCAUUUUUGGGUCAUUACCUGAUGAAGUUUGAACUAGUAGCAGCAAUCUCCCUCUCUAAGGGUAGUGGACCCAUUCACAUUGCCCACCCUCAGAGGCUGAUGGAACCUGAGGGGUUCCCAAAUCCUUUGACGGAUCUUCCAGCUGAUAAAGCUGAUGAUCCUGUUAGAGCUCUGGUUCCGCCAUGGGAUAGCAGGAUGUAAUGGGCGGUUGACACAAUCACUCACUCUCCCAUCUUGUAGAGCCAGAUUGGCUCCUUGGUGCUCUGGAGAGCUUCAGGCUAUGAAGCAAGUUGGUCAAAGUCUAGAGUACAACUGGCACAAGUCUCACUCUGAAACCCAACAAACACUGGUUUGGGCAUAUAAUCAUGCCUACCAUAUGACAGUGUGGACAAUGCAAGAAGCCUCAUUGUGCAGCUCAUUUUGCAGCUUCCAUUGCAUCCUCUAGCAGCCAAUCCAUGGAGUUAUUUUGGAUGACUCCCACCGUGGGUGUGAGAUCUUUGGGACGUUCAAGGGCAUUCUUUGCCCAACUGGCUAUACAUUUUGAGGAUAAAAUGGGUCAACUUCUGAUGGAAUUUUUGUGUUAUUUGUUCCUCAUGGUGCAGUCAGACUUUCUAGACAUCUUUAUUCGGGACUUUCCAUUGUCUGGGCAUCUAUUAGGUAGAACUCCUUAUUGAAGCUAAUAGCUUCAAAAUUAGAAAUAAGAAUCUCCACUCCCAUAGCUUGAACAAGUGCAGUGCAGAAAAUUGCCACAAUCUAGUAUUGGAGGGUGGUGCUUGUCUGCCGGUGUGGCCAUCUGUUCCCAGGCCCCACUCCAUUCAUAUAAGAAAAAAUGUGGGUCUCUGGGAAGUCAUAAUCCACUGUUCUGUCAUCCAGCAACAUCAUGUUCUUAUAAUAGGCGGGCACUUCCUCUGGCUUUGAGCUCUAACUGGAAGAAGGAAGAUUGCUGCCAUCUCCCCGCCAUUGGCAUGCAAUUCUAUAUGACGGUAUUUGGUAAACACAAACUGCUCCCUCGUUUAUUCCCCCUUCUCAAAAGUUCCGCCUGUCAUAAAUCUGCAGAUUCGGAUUUCAGACCAUAAUAUGUAAACUGAAUACGUUUAUAUUUCCCCCUAAAAUCAUGCUCAAUUCUUUUUAUGAUAUAUAUUUCUUACCUCAAAAUAUUUACUGCCCUGAACAUAGCCUUGUAUUUCUGCUCCCCUUCUGCUCAUCUGUGAAUGACCGAGAUCCAGCUCUAGUCAUGUACAGUCAGUCACUUGCAACAACUAAUGAGUCCGGAUAGGGAUGUGCGUCCUUAUCUGCAUUAAAAUAUCCUUUCAGCCAUUUUAACAGGGCCCCUAUGUGUUGCGUGUAGCUCUCCUGGUCGUUUAUCUAAAGACCAAACAGGCUUUUCUUUUUUUAGAGCUAGAAACUAACAAGAAACAGCUAUAACAAUAAACUGUGGAUACAUCUUAUCACCUCCAACUGCCCGUUUGUUCUGACCCCAUUUGUCCCUCAGCACAUAGAGAUGUGUCUCUACCAUGGCAUGUGCAGAUACACAUCCAGAUUCACAUCUCCAUCUGUACUGGCUGUGCAUGCAGAAACCUGGUUCUGUAAGCAAAUCUCCAUUCCUGGAUCACAGGGCAUUAUCAGUAAUUUAACUGCGUAUCAGAAAUGAGCUGUAUUAUGCAAAAUGAAAUAUGCAUGUACAGUGGUACAUCGGGUUAAGUAUUUCAUUCGUUCCGGAGGUCCGUUCUUAACCUGAAACUGUUCUUAACCUGAAGCACCACUUUAGCUAAUGGGGCCUUCCGCUGCCGCCGCGCUGCCGGAGCACGAUUUCUGUUCUCAUCCUGAAGCAAAGUUCUUAACCUGAAGCACUAUUUCUGGGUUAGCAGAGUGUGUAACCUGAAGCGUAUGUAACCCAAGGUACCACUGUACUUAUUAUUAUGUUUUCAUCUGCUUACAUAGUCUUCCAAGUCCCAUUUUAUCCUGUAAAUUAGAUUAGGAAGAGAGAUAGUAGCUGGCUCCCAAUGUCAUCCAUGGUUGAGCAAGGGUUUAAGCCUGGCUUUCCUGGUCAAAUCCUGUAAUCAAGAUCAUAGAGCUUCUCUAGCUGUAUAGUAGGUUUUGGCCAACAUCUGAUGCAUAUGCUCAGGAACAGUAGCGGAUUAACAGCAAAAUAAAGUUUCACCCUGUUGGUUUUCUAAAUCUACAAAAAACUAUUUUCUCAACAUUUUUGACAUUUAUAUUGUCAGAAUUCCCAGACUCUGUCAUAUCAAUAGUUUGACUUCACAGUUUUCAUCACUAUGAUACUUCUUUAGAAAAAUAUUCAUUCUAGAAAUGCAGGUGUGUUAUCAAUUCAAUACCGCUUUUUUAUGGCUCAUCUAUUAUUAUAGGCCACUAAUGUACACAUUCAAGCUAGAUGAAUCAUAAAUGUAUGCAUAAUGAGAUCAUGGAACAAACAAGACACUGCCUGGGUUACGUGGUUUGGUAGGGCUGAAACCUUCAUCACUAGUAGCUGCAAAGCUGGUUUAUCAAGCUCCGCAGGAUUUCUCGACAUGUGGUGGACCCUGCUGUUGUGAAGAAUGGAUUUUGCACAAGGCAUUUUCCUUGUUGCAGUGCACUAUGGAAGGAGAAGAGAUUCAUUUUGCACUUCAGCCCAGAGUGGGGGGACAUAGGGAAUUUAAGGUGCAAGGACCAGUCCUUGUAUUCCUUAAAAAUAAAAGUUGAAAAGCAGCCUCUUUUAGGAACAUUGAUAUGAUAAAUUAUGUAACAUCCAAUGAAAUAAGCCAGGGGCCACCAACCUUUUUCAGCUGUGGGCCAGUCCACCGUACCUCAGACUAUGUGGGGACUAUAUUUUUUUGGGGGGGGAUGAAUGAAUUCCUAUGCCCCACAAGUAACCCAGAGAUGCAUUUUAAAUAAAAGGACACAUUCUACUCAUGUAAAAACACGCUGAUUCCCCUACCAUCUGCGGGCCAGAUUUAGAAGGCGAUUGGGCCAGAUCCGGCCACCAGGCCUUAGUUUGCCUACCCCUGAAAUAAGCAAUGCAGGGCCAAUAUAUGACUUCUGAAGUCAAGCAAAUUGCCUCUUUAGCAUGCAGACUAAGUGCCAAAUAAAUUCAGGCAUGUUUAAAAAGAAAUUCACAGUUCACAAAAGGCAAACACAGCAUUUAUCCAGCAGCCAUGACAUUUAAAUGCAGGAGAUUGGUGUCAGUAGCAGUGAAAUCCUGCAGCAUGACACACUGGUAAUUCUUCAGCUGAGAGAAAACAACAACAAUUCACUUAAAUUUCCCUCCUGUUCCAGUAGCAUGCAUGAACAACACUCAGGGUUGUGACCAUCUACUAUACUAUUCCCGAGCUAUCGCUUUAACAAUUUUUAGAAAACAAAAAAGUGAUAAAUAAAACUUUAUGUUGUGCACUGUAAUUUUCAGGAGGAUAGGCAACAUUGUGUGUGUAAGCAGGGGCAGCCCUACCAAAAUGAGGCAACUGCUUUAGGUGGCAGAUGUUGGGGCAGCAGUGGCAGCCCCCUGUUUGCUCAUAAGAGCCCUCUGGGCAGUUCAGUCUAUUGGAGGACAGAGCUGUGUAUUUUAUAUAGCCUGUUCUGGCCACCCUAAAUUAGCCUGCUACCUAAGGUGCAAUACUGUAGUAAUAUUCAGCAGCCAAUCUAGUUGACUUCUGAAUGUGGAAUGGGGAGGGAUGCCAUCUUUAUCCUUCAUCUCAGAAGAGGGAGUGAAACUGGGCUGGGGAUUCUGCAACAUACACAUACCUGACAAACUAAAUAAUCUGAACACCAAUCCCAAGAGAACAGAGGAAGGAACUGGGGCUCCCAGAAUUAACACUAUUUUGCAUCCUAGCAGAAGACGUGCCAGUGUGUUCUCACAAACCCCAUUCUUGCUCUGGAGAAACGGGUUCUUUCUCCAAGUGAAGCAUUCUGAGCAAUGUGGCCCAAAGAGUGCAAGUGUUUCCACCACUCGUGGUGGCUAGAAAAUAUUUUAAUACUGUAUUGUAUUCUGAAAACUAACACUCUUCCCACUGAUAUACUUCCCAGAUAUAAUUCUGAGACCCAUAAACAGAUAAGGGUUAACUUCUGUCCCCAAUAAUUAUAUGUCUCUGUGUUAUUUAUCAGCCUCUGACCCUUUUUCAUGGUGGAACAGAAGUGCCAGUGUAGUGCUGUCUAAUAAGCAGGCUGACCUGGAACUUGAAUUACAGGGGGAAACAUUGGUGACCUUAAUGAAACAAAUAAGGUCCCCUUCCUGGUUCCACUGAGUUUUAGCCAAGAAAAAAUGUCCCCGAAGCCUUCCAAAAACAGUAGUUAAAGUGGCCAUCAUAAAAGAUAAAGGGGGCAGAAACUCUGGUGGGCAUCAUCCCUGCCCUCAGUAAAUUGAGUACUGGGUUGACACCAUGUACAAAUAGUAUACAGGACAUGGUAGUCCUGCUUUAAACAUUAAAUGAAGGGCUAGUCUUCCAUCCAUGGGACCAUAACAGCUGAAAGCAGGUCUGCCAAACAGUACAGAGACAGUGGCUUGCAUAACUGUAGCAUUAAUAUGUUUUUUUCAUUUCAAAUAACUUAAUUUGGCCAAUGCCAUUUUCUGAUCGUUGCUACCCACUUAUUAUUUGUGCAUAUUCAAAACAUGUUGAGUGCCUGACCUAGCUGUGCUCACGUGUUCAACAUGCAUCUCACCACUCAGCAUGUGGACAUUCAAGCCAGGGCUAGCCCAGGAAUGUGACAUGUGGGCGGGGCCAGAAGCACAGCCCUACUGCUUCUCCAGUAGAUUCACACCCUACAUCCAUGUAAUGCAUGAAUGGGGUUUAUGUAUCACUCUUUUCAUCAUAUUCAGAAGCCAUGACUUCAUGAUGGCAUUGCAAAUUUUUACACCCACUGAGUGAGUACAGUGGUACCUCGGGUUACAUACACUUCAGGUUACAUACACUUCAAGUUACAGACUCCGCUAACCCAGAAAUAAUACCUCGGGUUAAGAACUUUGCUUCAGGAUGAGAACAGAAAUUGUGCUCUGGUGGUGCAGCAGCAGCGGGAGGCCCCAUUAGCUAAAGUGGUGCUUCAGGUUAAGAACAGUUUUAGGUUAAGAACAGACCUCCAGAACAAAUUAAGUUCUUAACCCAAGGUACCAAUGUAUAGGUGGGAACUUAGCAGGGUUUGCAGACAAGCAUGUGGUGAACUGUCUGUUUUCCAUAUGGAGAACUGGCUGGUUGGCUACAAGAGAAAGCAUUUCCCCCCAACUCUGAUUCAGCAGGGGAGGGGCAAGGAAGGAACAAUGUAGAGUUGGUGGGAAGGCUCCAGCAGUUGUAUUUAUGGUAAUCUGCUGGGCUGUAGCAUCUGAGAGGCUAUAGCAUCUGUGAGGACCACAUCCCUGUUGCCCUGCCUUACAUUUUACCAGUAGAAAGUAAUGGUGAUAUUCUCACCACCCUCUGGAAUGUUUGCAUUUGGUGUAAGGUCACCCAAAUUCACAUAUGGCUCAUUUAUAUUUCAGAGAUAAAGAACACUUCAACAUGAUGCCAGAUCUGCUAUUUAUUUCUCUCUCUGAGGAUCAGGCCUCCCCUCAUUCUUUUUCACAUCUAUAAAAAAUGUCUCCAUAUCUAGCAAAAUAUGUCAGCAUACUGGAUACAAGUUCAAAUGUCAUUAUACUGAUCAUAUAGCUAUGGUUGAAGGGACGGGCCUUGGCACCGCACAAGAUGCCUGUCGAUUUCCCCACUAACGUGGUCCAAAAUAAGUAGCCCUUGUACCCUUGAAACCUGAAAACUCUUCCUCUGAUUCUAACCAUGUAAUAUUCAUCUUUGUAUUUAGAGAGAGUUAGAUGCUUUCACUCUGGCUGGGAUCCAAAGUGCUACUUUAGGUAUGCCCAAGGGCUUGUACAUACGCAAUAGGAUUUAAGACUCCCCCCCCCCACUCCUAAUGCCAGACCCACCCAUUCUGUGUUAGUGAUUGCAUUUGAAAAGUCAGUCAGUUUCAAAAGAGACACGCCAGGGUGGGGGUUGGUGUUUGAUGAUGACUUCAUGGUUGAUUUCCCAGUUAUCUGCAGAAAGCUCCUGCAGUUGUGAAUGAUCCACUUGUGUAUCUCUUAUGUAUGGUUUAUUUGUUUCGUUGGUCACUGAGGAUUUAAUAUGGUCAGCAAUACUACAGGAUCAUGGGUUAGGGAGCGUGUGAACUGAAACUUUGGUUUUCUAGUACUUUGCGAUGGAGGGUGUGCCACAACUGUGGUACAGCUCAGGAAACCAAGGAGUUUUCUUUGUGUGGUGAACAGUGUAGUAAUGCAGAACAAUAGUUACAAAUGUCACAUUUUCUUAUGUAAAUAUUAUUAGUAGCUGUAUUGCUGGUAAAUACAGGCAGUUGCCCUGGUCAGGGAAUCAUGCAAGGUGGGUUACUUUCUACUGGCAGAAAAGUACUCUCAAGUAAAAUUUGAUUUCCCAAAUUGUUGCCAUAGUUUUUAACCUUCUGCUAAUCUAUUACAUUGUAUUUCAUAUGGCGAAUGUUUUGUGAAUGCAAAGCAAGUGUCCUUGAAAGUAAGGCUCACUUUCUGCCAAAUCGGCAUAUAAAUUAGGAUCGUAUACUAAAUACCGUAUUUUUUGCUCCACAACACUCCCUUUUUUCCUCCUAGAAAGUAAGGGGAAAUGUCUGUGCGUGUUAUGGAGCGAAUGCCUACGGAUGGCGGGGGGAUCUGCUGCAGUCGUGAGCAGAGGAUCCAUGGUUCCCCUUCCUUCCUUCCUCCGCGGCUCGCUUUGAAACAGCGAAGUGGGAGAAGAGCCGCUGACUGGGGAGGAGAGAGGGACAGAGAGCCUGCUUGCUUUAAAGAAGCAAAGUGGGAGAGGAGAGGAGCCGCUUACAUAAGUGUAAGCGGCUCCUGUCCAGUUGGCUCCUUUAAAGCAAGCAGGCUCUCUGUCCCUCUCUCCUCCCCACUCAGCUGGCUAAAUAGCAGCAAAGUUUUUCAGCUCGCUAAGCCGGGGAGGUGGGAGAGAAGCAGAGCCUGCUUGCUUUAAAGGAGCAAAGUGGGAGAGGAGAGGAGCCUUCUCCUCUUAUACCCCUCACCUACAUUAUUAGCAGCAUCCUUCUGCACCCACCCCACGCGUGUUCCAUCUCCCCUUAAACCCCUCUUCUGCAUUAUUAGCAGCAUCCUUCUCCACACACCCCACACGUGCUCCUUGUCCCUUGAGUGCUUUUCCUUCCCUUCCCACUUAAAAUGUGGUUACAAAGCACGGAUCCACAUGGAUCCUCAGGAUUUUUGCACUGGGUCACCCCAAAUUCACCAUCAGAUCACAUAGCAUGUCCAUGGCUACAGCUUGCACCAAAAAAAUCACACACCCACUGUUGCCUGGGGCCGCAGUGGUGCAAAAACGUAGUUACAAAGCAUGGAUCCACAUGGAUCCUCAGGAUUUUUGCAUUGGGCUACCCCAAAUUCACCGUCAGAUCACAUGUCUGUGGCCACAGCAUGAACCACAAAAAUCAUACAUCCACUGUUUUGUUUAGAAUAUUUUUUUUCUUGUUUUCCUCCUCUAAAAACUAUGUGCGUGUUAUGGUCGGGUGCGUGUUAUAGAGCGAAAAAUACGGUAUGUUUAUUAGUAAGCAUCCUUAAUCUGGAUACAACUGAUAAUCUCCUCUCAUCCCCAAAUAAACCAGACAAAGAGCCCUGAAGAACUCAAAAGCAAUCACUAGAAAUGGAUGUAGUUAAAAUGUAUGUCCUUUUGUAUGCUCUUUCACACUACAUAUUACAAUGCAAUACUUCAACGUUACAUGGCAUGAGAAUGAUAUUACUUUUCCUAUAUGCUUUACUCUGAUUCCAUAUUAGAGAAAGGAGACGGGUCCUAAGCAGAAAUGCUUUCACUUCAGCCUGAACAAUCAAGGCUUUCUGGUCCAUCCCUGUGAGCUUAGGAUAAGCACAAUGUGCUUAGGCCUUGUGGAGUGCAUUUUUGCUGAAUACCAAACAAAGGCUUUCCCAGCCCCUCUCUUCUCAGUUAAAAAUACCAGAGCCUGCUGUGGAUGGUCAAUAAAUCUUUGAGUUCUCCUAUUAAACCGAAGGAUUCUGAAGGACAAAGUGAAUGGGAAACUUCAAGAUUGGAGUUAAUUGUAUGACUUUGUUUAAAUUAUUUAGGCACUGAAUAAACAUUACAGGUGGUUCUCUCACUUCAAAAAGUAGCUUGUCUUGCGUGCAUGAGAAAUUUGGCAAUUGUCUAAUCAAUGAGUUGUCUUGGGGUUCUCACCUCUUCAAGAAAAAGGAAAUUCACAGACACAUGGUCAUCACUUUUGAUGGCUGAAAACAUCAGGUGAUAAUUUGUAUAUUUGAAAUAGGCACAAAUUAUCAAACAUCUACAAGAAAGGGGUUUCAUACUACUCGUAACAGAAUUUAAAACCAAAUAAUUGCAAUGAGACAGUUCAUUCUUAUUGAACAAUAUGGUGUCAAAUGACCUACAUUCAUACAUCUGCAAUUCAGCCUUGAGACAGGCUACUACUGGGUAUGCAUUUUAUCACAUCAGAAUCUGCAAUUGUAACUCCUUUUCAGUAUUGCGGAAAGUUUCAGCAUCUUGCCAGAAUAAUCAAAGGUAUAGCAGCAGCACACAUGCACACCUUAAUUUUUCAGUCUAUGUAUGUAACGAACACACUCUUUUCUCAGUUUACCACCAGCCGCCUGAAGAGAUAGAAUUGAGCCUAACAAAAUCAGGCCUCCAGAUAAUCCAGCUCAUCUGUAAGGUGCUACUGGAUGAUUUAUCUUUCUACUACCAACAGAAAGAUUAAGUGGACUCCCCUCCUCUUCUUUAGGAGGCCAUGAAAAAUUCCAAAGGAAGAGACCCUAGUCACUUUCCUAAACAACCUGGUUUGUACUGUAUUGCCAAAAUGUUACUGCCAUGCUGGAACAGUGUUCCUGCACUGUGCUUUAAAAUCACUGCUUUUUGCAGCAGUGUGCAGCAUUUAAACUAGCUAAACUUCAAUUUAUAGCCAGGUCCUAUGUAUAUUUACUAAGAAGAAAAUCCCACCUAGUUUAAUGAGGCGUCCUCUCCCAAAAUUCCAAAUAAGAUAUUCUGGUCCCAUCUUAUCUUAUGCAUGCUUACUCAGAAGUAAAAACCCACUGAGCAUACUGGCAACUGCAUCCUCAGGCUUCUGGCUCUUCCUCCAGGAAAUUCUGAGCAGCACCUUAGCCUCAUAACAGCCUUGGGAAGUAAGUUGGGAUAAAAGAUAAAGUCUAGCUGAAAACCUGGGCUUAGUAAUUGAACUUGAAUGGGACCGGAAUAUCCCACAGUGAAGCCCCACUGAAGCCAAGAAGCCACUUUUUUCCAUCUCGCAGGAGGCAGGCACUAAACUGGCAUAUUUGGAAAUAAGCCCCAUAGAUUUUAAAUUAAAUCUUAUUUCCAUCUGCGCCUGCUUGGACUUGGUGUUAACACCAGCCAUCCCCGCAAGCCUUGCUUUCCGAUAUCUUUGCUCGCAAACGCAUCGUCAGCCGUGAUGAUCUAGUAUUCGACUUAAGCCUCCCCACCCCAAAGUUGGUGGGUGUCCCCCUCCCGCCCUUCUCCUUCUCCUCCUCCUUUCCUUUCGCUCCUUUAUCCAAAGGCUGCUCGGCUCUCUGUCAUCUCUCUCCUGGUAAUUGGCAGCAACAUCUGACAAGGGAUCAACCGUUGCUUGCAAUCUGUUCAGUGACAUUGCACACCUGGUCUUCGCAUCCUCUCCCUCUCCCACUCCAGCUAUUUAUACCGCUCCGGCACCAGACGCGUCCGUGGCUCACAAGAGCAAUAACUUUGGGCGCAACAAGGGCACCGCGAGUCAUUUUUCUCUUAGCCAGCACUGUCUGUUCUGCUCUGCUGAGGAUGACACAGGGCUCUUUCUCGGCGCUCGUAAGCAAUGCCCAAAGAAACGCGGCGGCUGUAAGAGACCCGCUCUCCCUUUGCGCAGAAAGGAGUAUGGAAAGGCGGCGGCGGCAGCUGCCUCUUCCGCAGUACACCUCCAUACAUCCCCUCUUGCUCCAUACAACGCAAGGGUUCUCCCCACCCAUCUCGCCCCUUCCCACCCGCCGCCCUCGCCUCGUGCACAGCCAGCCGAGCUGUCUCUGCUCUUUUCCCCUAAGGUCUAGCGCCGGCAGGCAACAGCCCUCAGCUCUCUCGCGCGCAGCACGCGGGGCUGACUGAUAGGGCGCCAGGAGGCAGGCAGCGCUUGUCCAUUCGCAGCUAAUGAUCCCCGCCGGCACUUGGGCUGGAAAAUGCGCGAAAGCUGCACUCACGCCCCGCCCGGCGCCUUCUCCCGCUGUGAAAUCCGAUCCAAGUCCGGAGCCUUCGCUGCUUCCAUUUUCAGCCAAGGCUGCUGAGGCCUGAGCCUCCCUAGGAGGAAGUACAAUGAGCACCGUGGGAUCGGGCCGGAAAGCUGCUUGACCCCUACGGCCAAGGAAAACAAGCGCUAGUGCAAUGGAGAGGCUGGGAGGGCGGCGCACCGACCGAGGAGUCCCGGGUUCAAGUGUCGCCUUGGCUACUAAGCCCACCAUCUUUUAGCAUCAAGCCCACUGUCUACUAGGCCGGCGGCCGGGAGGUUCAGAAUACCGACCGACCGCAUAAGUCUGCAUCCAGGGGUGUCAACUUGAAUAAAACAUUAGGGGGAGGAGGUAAUGCCCGCCCCACAUCACAAGACACCGCGCACGCACACCAUUUGAAUGGCAAUGCCCAUCAACUUGGAGAGUGGGGCUCAAAUAUUUUACAUCGGUCCCUAAGAGUUGGGUUCUGUGGUUGCAUAGGAAGCUCUCUGAACACUCUAGAAGUCAAUGCCAAGCACUGUUACUACAAAAGCGAUAGAAAUUAGUGGGACGUGCGCUUACUUCCGAGUCAACACGCCUAAGUUCAGGUUUGUGCGAUCCGAUCCUAAGCACGUUUACCGAGAGAAGCACGUCCUAGGGCAGUUAGAGGUUGUAGGUCGAUCCUAUGCUUGUAUAAGCGAAAGGAAAGCCUGGUGUUAUGUAUCUGCCCUCUGCGCGUUUAUUCGCCCGUCCCCCUGAGCUUAGUCAUUGGAAAUACAGAACAGCGAGCUGCCUUUCGGUGGCGACGAAGGCGGGAGGGGCAGGAGCGGCCGGGCUCGCUGGCUAUGGCAGCCAAACGCGCGAGGCAGCCAAGGGAAGCCACUUUUGCAAGCGAUAUAUAAUUAGCCCGAGCUGCGCUUUCUUCCUCUUCCUCUUUCCAUGAGCUUUCACCUUCAGAUUCUGAAGGGAAAAGAGAGGGAGACGGCGAACGCCCUUAUCAAGAUGGGAUGGGCUCAGGGAGGAAGGUGAGUGCGAGGCGUCGCUUGGAAGCGGGCCAAGAGGAAUUCCUGAAGGUUAUUCAGGCUCCGGGCGGAAUCCUGCUCUCGUUCUCCAACGCAAAAAGGAGGGAGGCAAACAAAUGGCUGUCAUCCUCAUCACCCAGAUAACAGCAACCCAGAUUACAGACUGCAGGCAGAAUCCUCCCCCCACCCCCGCGUUUCUGCGUUUCCUUGGACGCCCAUCAAGGCGCCCAUCAACCGCGCGCUCUGCUCGCAAACUAGCUCCCGAGGGCUCGUUUUAAACAACGAGAUGUUGGGCCACCUUUGCAUCGUUUGCUUCUGUGGAGCAAUGGUGGGAAACCUUUGGCCCUCCAGCUGCUGUUGGACUACAACUCCCAUCCUCUUUGGCCGCUGGACAUGCUUGCUGGGGCUGAUAGGAGUUGUAGUUUAGCAAUGGAGACCCACAGGUUCCCCGCCUCUGCCGCAAAGGGUCCUGAAAGCAGGAUCCCAGCCAUUCUUACAAGGAAGUUAACUCGUUUCAAUAGGUCGUAUUUACGAAGAACGCUGGUCUUAAGAGUCCUAGUCCUGGACUUCUGUUUGGCAAAGCCUGCUUACCUCAGUUCCGUUCUCCGAUAAGAGAAGGCGGCAGUCCUAAACAUAUUGACUGGCUUUAGGUUUUAGCACGCUCUUUGUGGAUCGAAGCCACAGCUUGCUGCGAAGUCCUUAAAACUUGUAAGGCAAUGCCUGAAGCCAAGGGAAACCGGACUCGCUGCUAGGUUGGCAGACACCUGAGCCAGAGGUCUUUGCUAGCCCUGCUACUGGUCCUUGUCACAACGUGAUGACUCGGAAGUGCCUCUGAGUUCCGUGGCCCCCUCCGAAAUCAGCUUGCAUAGCGUAGGACAACCAAAAGCGCUGAGGACUGGAGACGGCCCUUUCCCCCACAGCCCAUACUCCAUCUCUGAGGCCUAUAUUGACACGCUUUCCUAGCCCUAUACUAUUUAAUUUUCUCUGUCUGCCUCUCCCUCCCUCCUUUCCCAGCCCCCGAUUCCCAGAGGCUUCCAUGUGGUCGAGAUUGCCCCUUAACAAAAGUACCCAAGCGGGGCGGGAGAGGCAGUUCGCACGCUGGCUCUGCUCCACUAAGUCUGCGCAGCCGGAGGAACCUUCAAGGACCGAGCCGCCACCCCUUUGAUGUGCGACGCCGCCUGGAAGCGACAAAAGCCGAGCUCUCCUCUCCGCCCGGCCUCCUUUCAAAGGAAGGCGCUUAAUUGUGCGGGCUCCUUGUUUGGGGAGGGAGCGGCAGGGAACUCCGCACAAAGUGGCGGCCAGCCGGAGCACGGCUACAUCAAAGGUAUUUAUUUUGAUUAUCUCCUGGCUAUUUUUGGCAAGAACUUUCCUCCUCUCUCGCUGCUUAAGUUUUGCCGGCAGAAGUGACUGUAAUGAUUCGUCUUUGUUCUCCACUGGAUGUUUACGUUGCCCUUAGCAUCACGUGCCUUUUGCUGGGACCACCAGCCCGCGGUUGCACUGGCUUGAUUUGGAGUUAAUCCUGGAAGGGGAAGGUGGGGGCGGCGGCGGCGGCGGGUAACCCUGCUUUUAUUAACUGUUUAGGUGUCAGCUAGUUUUUUUGCGCCGCCAGCUUCUUCUAACAGCUUAUUGAAACUUCUCUAAUGGUGGGUUUGACUUUCCAUUUGAAAUGGUUCUCUUUGCCUCCCUGGAACAAACCCCGGAUCAUCAAGUGUCACGGAAGCCUCAUUCAUUGACUUCCAGCUCUGUUACGCCUGCUUCUUGUUAUCAAAACCAGGAGCCAAACCCCAAAGAUGGAACCACCUUGUACUGGUUGUUGACUAAAUUUCUGCUCACGAUUCUAAUCUGGGGUUAUAAUUCCUCGCGUAGAAGCAUGAAUGGACAGAAAACACGCUAACCAGUCUUGAAUUAUUCGACGGCUAGUAGGAUCUGUAGGUGACUCUUAUUCAGAAAUUGCCGUGAUCUUGACAUUGGACCUAAAAAACUCCAUUACGCUGCAAUUCUAAGUAUACGCUUACCUGAAAGUAACUCUCAGUUAAACCUAUAAAACAGAAGCAGGAACAGACCUGCUUAAAAUAGGCCUCUUGUGGGCGGCGGGGAGCCCGUGACAGAGCAUCAACUGAAGGGGUAAGCAGCUAUCCUUUGGUAGAAUAUAUCCAAUGAAUUCCAGUAGACUUAUUUCCAAGUAAGCACACAGCCCUACAGAAAUCAACGGAAGGAACUCGGUGAGUGCUUAGGGAACUUAGGGAUGUCCUGAUGGAGCCAGCCAAGUGGGGGGAGGCGAAGGUGGCCUUUCCUAUCCCAGGAAGGAGCGACAGCCGCCGCCCCCCUUCCUGCUGGGGGUUGGCUCGCGUUCUCCAGGAGGCUGGAAAUACCUCCAAAUUCGAAACAGCUGCUGGCCUUGCCGUGGUCUGCCUGCUAAAAUAUGCCGAUCUCCUUUUAAUCUGUUUCAUAUUCACAAAUUAAGCACUUAGCCUAGGUAAUAAAUCAUUAGCAGUUUACGAGACGAGGCUGAGACACACCAGUGAAGGGAAGUUGGGGGUGGGGGAACCGAUACCCCUAAAAGCGCAGCAGCCGCGCAUGGAAAGCAGCGCUUAGCAAAACACUGCCUGGAUUCUCUGGGGCGCAGAGCACCCGAAGCACGUAGUGUCGAGAAUGAAGCCUUGCCAAAAACCGCUUUCUCGAGUUCAGGGGUGGGAGGUGGGGACUUGGCCUGAAAAAACCCCUCCGCGGCAAGCGGAAGAAGCUGGAGGUCUGGCUGGAGACAGCUUCCCCGCACCCCGCCAAAGCCUCCUGCCUCCUCUGAGCAGGUAGCGCCCAGCUUGGCUGCACCUGCAAACGCGGCUCCGCUGCAAAGGAUGACUCACUGGGAACAAGCAAGGCGCGGGCGCUCUCCCUUCCUUCCCUUCCCUUCCCUUUUUCUUUCUGGCUGCGAGUCUCCGUCUCCUUUCCAAGGGCAGCUCGCCCAUUCCUGGGCCAAGCUCUCCCCGCAGCCAACCCCCCCCCAAACACCGGGAGACGCAAGACAUCGGCAGGACUGGGUUGCAGUCAAGAGAGAGAAGGCUGUGCUCUUACCGGGACUGCACGGGAAACAAUCGUGGAAGAGACCACCAGACAGCAUUAGAUCACAUUGAAACAAGAUAAAUAUUUUUACUAGCCUGCUUAAAAAAUAAAGACCGGUAGCUCAGCCUGCUCACUGACGCGACAGAACAAAGCAUGCUGAGGAAAGGAGGGGUGGGGUGGGAGUGGGGCUUGCACAGGGGCCACACAGGGAGCCUGGUCUGGCAACGUCAAAGUCCCACAACGUGCUUCCGGUGCCAGGACUCAACCCUAGGAUACUGUAUUUGAAACCAAGCGCAGAGUGUUUUCGUCUCAGCGCUGAGCAGCCAGACCCCUCAUUUCUGAAUACGUACUGUAUUAGGAUCUCCCAAGCUUAGUUAGCAGGAAUAGCAAGUCCCAUUGCGCCCAGGGAGACUUCCUAAAGGGAGACGGCAUAAUGAGCGGUAAAACACUUGUUGUUACUGAUACCCCUCUUCUUUCCUGGAUGGGACUCAAGGCGGCUUACAGGUUCUUUGCGUGUUCGAUCCCUGACAUUGCCAUUUAACUGGAACUCUGGUUCCGGGCCGUGGAAAGAUCCCUCUCUGCUUGAGGGCCAUUUAACAGAGCCUUUAACUCCCGAAGGAGAGGAAGGAUGGUGGACCGGUGACCCUCCAGUUGCUUUUGGGCUUCAGCCGUAGCCAGCAUAACCAAUGGUCAGAGAUGAUGGGAGCUGUAGCGGCGUCUGGAGGGUCACCGCGGAGUAGGCAAGGUUAAUUCUAAACUAACGAAUGCUCUGAACAAGGAGUUUCACGUAUUGUAUGUACUUCGAAGUAACCCUGUAUUAAGAUAUGGCUUCGUUCUCUUGAAAUAAAUUUCUUCUGAAACUAGCGUGUCUUGUGAGGAUUAUGAUUAUUAUUUGGAAAGGGUGGAGGUAAUAAAAAGGAACUCAUUCCAGGUCAGAGACGGCGGUCCCUCGAGCACGAGCCCCAGCACCCACCGCCAGUCCUGACGGUGACAUUUAGCAGCCCGAUUAUGCACAGGAGGGGGAGGAGAGGCUGGCGGCCUGCCUGUCAUUACAUCCCUCCCUCCCUCCCUCCUCCUCCCCUGCCGAGGAGUCGGGGACUACAGGCUGGGAAGGGGAACCGGUUUUCUUCCGAGCCUUCUUCCCACCGCUCUGCUUCAGGUCCGCUGCAAGACUCGCCUCUGCUGCGCCCCUCCAAGUUCCCUCAACAGGAAAAGCCUGAGGAUAGGAUUUUCUCCGGGAGCCUCCCGCUUGACUCGUCUGUGGCCAGACAUGAAACGGCUGCCUGCGAGCGCGCUGCAGCCAGGAAGAAAGCGAGACCAGGACGGCGCCGGAGUGCCAUCCGCAAACGAGUUCAGCCGGAGUUCUUGCCCUAAAGGCGAGUCCUUCUCCUAGGCUUACAGAGCCGCUGACACUUAAUGAGUUACUUGGAACUCUUCCUAUCAACCGCCUUAACCCUAUGGACGUUUACUCAGAUGCAAACCUAGGGCUCAUCCACAAUGCCCUUUAACGUGGAUAGCAAGCUUCCUAGUCCGUAUCAUGUUCCCCUCCAGCAGACUGCCUUUUCACACUUUCCCAUCCCUCCGUCUGGAUUUUCUCAUAGCCUUCUUUUCGGAGCAUUCUUGGUAUGAGAAAAUCCGGAUUGAGGGAGGGGGAAGUGUGGGAAGGCAGUAGUCUGGAGGGGAGCAUGAUAUGGACAACGGAGAACUAAUGGAGGUACAUGAAGCUUGCUAUCUACACUAAAAGACAGUAUGGAUGAGCACACACACACAGAGAGAGAGAGAGAGAGGGAGAGAGAGUAGAGUGUCUACUGUGCCUUACUCCCAGUUCGAGCCUAUUUAGCGGGUUUUGCUCCAGUUUAAAUGGGACUUUUCACUUCCGGCUCAAGGGUGCUGCCUGGCCGAUCACUAAACACCCUGGGAAGUCGGUUUCAUUGCGCACUGCAAUUCCAGUACUUGGGAGUAAGCCUUACAGAGUUCAAAGAGGCUUACCUCGCAAGUAAGACUGCGGGUCUUUUGCCACUUUAGGUGCAAGGGCUGCUGCAUGCAGAGGGAGCUGUUGCUUCCUGUGGGCCAAACUGCUUAGCGAAAUAUCAGUGUGGGCCAAUGCCCAGAUCUCAGGAAAGGCUGCAAGGCUGCACCCAUUGGAAGGCAAAAUAUGGAGCGGGGGUGGGGGGUGUUCUGCGCGCACUCCCAAAGCAUUGCUCCACAUGAGGCCGGGCACGAUACUCCGAUAAAGUUGCAUUCAGUCUCCUGGCUUUGGAAGGAAGCUGCUAUAUAUAGCCAAGAUGGCUGGACAGGACGCUGAUGGGAAGGCCCGUCUUUUUCCACAACCGUGUUUAAGGCAACACGUCAUCCCGAACGCGCUUGCUUGGAAGGAGGAAGCCCCAGCUGUUUCAGCCUGGAGCUGGGCUGGACUUCUGCUCGCUUCCUGCCUUCCAAGGGACUCUACUUAGUCUAAAAUCGCGGGGGCCCCUUCCAUUCUUUGUAAAGGUGGGCUGACUUGUUGGGCUCCAGCUCAACUGGGAGGCGGAUCGAGAUGUCCGCUCAGGCAAAAAAAAAGAAGUUUGUGUGUCCAGGAUGCCUCUGGGAAACCUCUUAUCCUUUCUACAAGCCCUGCUCACCCUCCCCUCGCACCGUCAGGAAGGCGAUCGAUUUCCGUUGCCAAUCCAUAGGGAUCUGCGAUCUCGGACAGCACUAAUUCCAGCAGGGAGCGAACGGAGGGCUGCGGUCACUCCUAAUCAUUAUAACCCUCGCUUGCCAGGGUCAUUUUUAAAGGGCACCAGGAGCCUGCAGUUCUAUGCACACCGCCCAGCGAGUGAGACCCAUUCAACUCUAUGGGAGUUACUUCCAUGUAAACAAUGGGUUGCGCUGUUCGGGUCUUUCCUUAACCCGCUCCCCCGAGGCUACCGCUACCCAGGAAAAGGAGAGGAAAUGAACAGCUCCGAUCCACAGCACCAUUAAGACGAAAUGAGAUGUGUGAAGCGACUGGUUUCAGGGGUCGUAGUUCAGGAUUGUUAGGAAAGACGUCGACUUAUAAGGGGCUUGUGUUUGGUAUAUACACCAAACCUGAUGGAUUAGCUGAACGGAUUUGCGGACCGGGCCUUCCUGUGAAUAAGUAGGCUUUCGGCUUAUUGGGGUUUGUGGAUUUGAGCUGUUUGGGGUUUUCGGGGGCUCCAUGACUAGUAAGACUUUGAACGCGGAGGUGGCCAACAUCAAUCGCGGCGGCUCCGAAAACCUCGCUGUGGUGAAGCGAAUGCAGCAGCAGGGCGAUCCCGGACUCCAAACACUGAAGGGCGGGGGGAGGUGCGGGAGGAGGAGGAGAGAGAGGGAGGGGAGGGGAAGGGAGUGGGGGAGGGAGGGAAGUGUAAGCGGGGAGGGACGGGGCCAAGGGAACGAGCGACUGCUGAGUGCAUUAAAGAGAGCAACACCGACCUGGGAGCAUCCGCCGCGUGCAAUUGGAGGCGAUCCCCUGGCGAGGAGGCGCUGUCAGAGGCUAUUUAUCUCUUGCCAGAGCUGAGGCUCCGGUUCCCACAUCGGCCGCGUGUAACAAUGGCAGCGAUCAGCAGCCUUUCACGCGCUUCAGUGCCUGAAUGGAUUGCGGAAGGUGCCCGCGCUCCGCUCAGAUGCCUGCUUGAUUCAUCCCCUCCGCUGCACAGUGACGAUCGCCACGGCCGCUCUGCCCGAGGGACGCGCGCGGGAGGGGAGGGGAGGGGAGAGGCGGUGGUCUGCCCCAUUUGCCAGCGGAACGCGCACCCCCCCCACACACACACAGACGCACACCCCGCUCUACUUCGCCUUCCUUGCCUCCCUCAGCACCACCUGAUUUUCCAUUUGCAGGACUGUGGCGUUCAGCCAGAAAUGUCAGCGAGGACUGAAACUUGACACACAAAUAGGAGCCCGAAGCAAUUUCCUGCCUCCUCCUCCUCCUCUCUUCCCCUGGCUCUCUCUUUCUGGUCCAGCACACGCACCCCAAACGUCUCCAUCUUGUCUUCUAAGUUCACUUUGAAAUAGUUUGGCGCUAUCUUAUUUUCUCCUCUCUCCUCUUAAAAUGCUUGUACGAUCAAAUAGAUGUAUUUUGCAGCCGGGUGAAUUUUGUCACUGGAAAUUCUCCCAGGGAAGGAAAGGCCUUCGGUGCGCUGGCCAGGAGCUGCUCCUUGAAGCCGGAGUAGCCGUAAGUGAGGGGGCUCACCUGCUGUUUACAGGUAACGAACCAAAACAGAGGAGAGGGCCUCGGCCCAUGAAGGCACUUAAGUCUCUGAAGCAGAGAAGUGGGAGCCUACCACCGCCACCGCUCUGACCUGGGAGCACUGUUGGGUUGAUCUAAUUCGUCUCAAAUUCCCUGACUGUACUCUGGCACUGAAAGAAAGAAAAGACGGGGAAGGAAGCUCAGGAACCCGAGCGCCAGUUAAACCCUGGGUGCCAAAGGCAGUACAGGAGGAGAGAUUCUGAAAGGGCCCUUUCAUAGGCAUCUGUCCUGCUCUGACCAUUGGUCCAUCUAGCUUAGUAUUGUCAACUUCGUGACCGUAGUGGGUCUCCAGGGUUUCAGACAAGGAGUCUUUUCUUGCUCUGCUUGGAGAUGCCAGGGGUUGGACCUGAGACCUUCUGCAUGCAAAGCAGAUGCUCAGCCACUAAGCUGCAGCCUUUCCCUAAGGGACCUUGGAGCUCAGCCAUUUCCACACACACUGCUCAAUACAGAAAUCUUGCGAUUGCAUUGUCCUUUCCAGCCUCUUCAGCAAAGGAGAGAAACCACCAUCUCCGGGGGCAGGCAGGCAGCAUUGGCUGAUAGGUUCUCCUAAUGCUUGGCCAAACUCUGCUUCCUUCCAAUUUCCACCGCUUCCUUCUACUCCUGAGCCUUUCACUUGUCCAUCAAAUCUCACAGGCGUGUGAUUGAAGGAGGUCUACACCAGAUUGAGCUUCCUUGUGUCUCCUGUUAAUCCAUUCAGAGACGAGCCAAGUGCCGACUCCUACUAAACACUAUAGGAAGGGAAGCAAAAUGAAAAUCCAUCCCUUUACCACAGGGGACAGGGACAUGGAAAGGAUGCUAAGCGUGUGUGUGUAGGGGGAAUCAAUCUGUAUAAAGACCCCAAACCCCAAUUCUAAGCACAUUGCUUGGAAAUAUGCCCCGCUGACAUAAAUUACUACCACUCAAAAUGUGUAGGUUCGCGUAAGAGAUGAAAGAGGAUAACAGCGCAGUCAUUGCCGGAAGGUUUUCUGCUUAAUUACCUCGCUAGGUGAGGAGCUCUGGCUUUGGGCGCCAUCCGCUUGCAUUAAUUUCAGUGUUCGGUAUCUCAAAGGUCUGUGAACUGGUAUCAUCAUAAUCACUGCUAUUGUUAUUAUGUUAGGAGAAGCGCCGCCCCUAAUUCAAUGGUGGAGCAUCUCGUGUGCAUGCAGGAGGUUUCAGGUUCAAUCACCUGCCUGAAAUCCGGGUGGGUGUGUGGCGCGGCACGGCGGCUCUGUCAAUGAGGGUGGAUGACAAUCCUGAGGAUGCGUAAACUCUGUUCCUUUGCAGCACACCCCAAAUACAUCCUUUCCCUCAAUGAAUUCUGGGCACUGCCAUGUACCCCUUUACGAUUCCCAGCAACCUUUAAAACACUUCAGUGCCCCUAAUCAUUUGAGGGAAAGGAUAUGCUUCGACUGUAAAGGUACACAGUGUGUACACUGUACACAAUCUAGGCGGGCCAAUGGUCUCACUCGGUAUAAGGCCGUUUCCUGUGUCCCUGUUGUUGGGGCUGGGGGCUACACAAACGCCUCUUUCAACUCAGUGGCUCCACCCUCAUUGACCUUUAUUGGGGCAUCAGAGAUGGAGGCCUGAAGUCUGUUGCAUUAGAUAGCGGUGGCCUAGAAAGCCAAGGAGGAGCCCCAGCGAGUCCUGGUCCUCGGGUUCCCCUCGGGAACAGCUCAGGUCGAGGUGGGAGAAGGAAGUGUCCACGUCCACCUCUUUCUUCCUUUUUCUUGGUGUCUGCCCAUCGGCUAGAGACCCACAACCCUGUCCAGAAUUAAAGCUGCUUUGCGUCCCGGCGACUUCUCUGUGACCUGAACCAGACGUAACCUAAAACGCGAGGGUUUGCCUGCGUCAUGAGUCUGAAACCUAUAGGGUCCAGCCAAGGGCAUUUGGCCAAGUAUUGCAUCCAAACCCGAAACAGAUGCAGUCGGAAACCGCUCUCAUUCAGAUCAAGGGGACCUUUCAUCCAAACGGUUAGGAUGAGGAGGUAAAACAAGCAAACAAAAACCCGGGGGCUGGUUGAGCGCUGAAUGUUCCGACUCCGAGAGCAGUGUUCGGGAAUGCUGUUUGGUUUAAUUAAACUGAGCGCUCCGUCGGAGCUUGUCUCUCAGCCUCGUUUGACGCUCCUGUGACCCAGCUGCCUCCCUCCCUCCCUUUCUCUCUCUCUCUCCUCUCCCACCCUCUUCUGCGGGGGAGGUGGGGGGAGAGAAAAAAUGCGUCUGCGGGAGUGAGAAAAAGAAAAUCCGCGACAGCACCGGAGCAAUCAGAAAGCCUGGCGUGAACGUGGCUAAACGGCGAGGCAAGGAUGCCUCAGCACUUUCCUUCCUCUUGUGCAUUUGCAGCGCAAGGCAGGCUAAUUCCUCCGCUGAGGGCCUCAAUCAGGCAUUUAUUUGACACACAUGAUGCAUGAACGGUUAAACGCUAUUCUCAGCAGAGGGGGGAUCAGCCAGUCGUUUCGUGGCGGAGAGUUGCCGCCGACAUGCGGCUAGCUGGAGGAGGCUGCCUUCGCUCGCGUCUCGAGGCUUAGGGGAAGGAGAAGGGCGGGCAGGAAGGCUCAACUUUUCUCAGCCUCCUCUCCAGCGCAACCAAGGGCGAGGUGAUAAACCUCCCGGCUCGCAGCCAGCUCUUCCCCUUUGCUCAGCGAUGCCAGAUGACCCCCCCCUUCCUUCCUUCCUACUUCCUCCCUCCUCCCCUUCUUCUUCUUCUUCCUCCUCCCCCCCCCCCCGGCUGUUGUUUCCUCUCGCUCGCUCGCUCCCUGCCUCUCUCUCUCUCUCUCUCUCCCCCUCCUCCCUUCCCCGCUUUGUGUUUCCUUGCCGCACCGCCUGUGCUGGUGGCCACCGAGUGAAACUGACGAACAUGCAAAGCCUGGCAGCGCCAAGCUUAGUCAGUUUCACGAGACAGAGAGAGAGGCAGGCAACCAGAAAGGGCACAGGAACUGCGGGGGGAGACAGGGGCGGCCAAUAUUGAAGGCGGGGGGAACCAAGAGAUGGUCCUCUUCGGAAUAAAGCAUAGAACUAGCUGCGUGUUUCCUCGUUAGAGCUUUUGAUUUUUGUCGAAAGGGCUCUUGGCCUGAGCGGGGAAACAAUUGGCCCGUGUUUCCUUUUGGUUAAGUUAUGUUCCAUGUUUGAAGGAAGAGAGAAUCAAGCAGACCCCAAUCCCUGCAUGUUGCUCCAAAGAAGGCAAAUCCAGCAGAGACUGCUAAUCCAGAAUUGGAAUGAAGUUCCACUGAAAUCAAAGGAAAUGUCCUGAUCCUACGCAGGCAGUUCUGCAAGAGGACUGUAGCAUUUUCAAACAAACAAAAUGUUUAUACUCUCAUGCUAAGUGCUUCAGUUCAGCUCAGUGCUGCUCAAGACUUUUAAUGGGCCUCAUGUUAAGUGGGUGUUUCAUGAGAGGAGCAAUGGCUCCCCGAAAUGCCCUUUCUAUUAGGGCACCUAGCUCAUGGAACCUUCUCCCCCCUAAAAUAAAGCAGGGGCCAACUUCUUUGAGCUUUUGGAGCCAGGGUGGCAAAAUGCAAGUGGCCUUUUUCUCAAAGUUGUUUGGCUACCGACUACAAAAAUGAUCUUCCUUCAGUUAGCUUUAAUGUGUUUUUCUUUUCCAAUUUCCACUUUGAUGUUAUUUGUGCUAGGCAAAAAGACGUGGAACACAGCUUUACUUUGAGGCAAGGUUACCAAGCACUUAGCACUUCAAAUACUAUAAAUGUUAUAAGCACUAUAUAAGUGACAAAUAAAAUCAAGACGUAAGCUGUAAGAGGUCAGCUGGAUACCUUUUUGGUUUAUAGCUUUUCUCCAUUAUUUUUACAGAUAUCAAAACAGAUACUCUAAAACAAAGAAAGCUUACCAAAAGAGAGGAAUGGCUACAAAACAAACAAAAUUAACAGUAAAACAAGGCUGGCUUCGGCACAUGGUUGCUACAGUUCUAUAUUUUGGGGCAAUGGUAAUGUUCAAAAUUGAAAAACAAAAAGGGAAGAAGACUGAAGAAGAAAGUACAGCAUAGGAGGCUGUAGUAUAUGAUAUAUUGUUCCUUUAAGGCUUGUUAUACUACUCCAAAAGAGGGCCUGCUUCUUGUAGCUGAGGAGGGAAUGUUUAGAGCUGGCAGAGAACUUAUAGCAGCCCCCACAUUGUGUGCCUGCUGAACAAAAUGAAGAAUGUUGUCCUAAAAACCCAUGAGAUUCAAUAUUUGAGAGCCACCAUACCACAUGGCAGAGACUUCAUUGGGAUCCAGCAGGGGCAGCUCAUGCAUGAGGUCAGGUGAAGCCAUUUCAGGCAGGGGAUCCAACCCCUGCUGUUGCAUUGCUGCCAGCCCUGCUGGGGCUUCCUGCACCGACAAGGCAUCAUUGUCCUUGACCCGACAUCCACUGCAUCAUCACCACUGCCGCUGUGUCAUGGGGGCAGUCACAGGUGAAGAUACAGUUGUGUUGACAGGGUGGCAGCAGUGUGGGGGCAGGGAGGGGACUGGGUGAGAACCUAGAUCUGUGGGGUGGGUGACAUUGACAUCAGGGCAUGGGCAAAAUGCCUUGGGUCAGCCCUGGCUUCUAGAACUGGUGCAAGAGUUCAUUGAAAGCAGAACAGCAAAUAGGAAGUUGAGUCUGGGCCCUUUCACAAAUAUUGUUGGGGGAAAGUCUGAAAGUAGGCCUGCUACACUGAUAUGUUUUGCAAUUCUGCACAAGCCAUACAACUUGGUAGCACUAGAAAGCCACAGGACUGCUCAGAGGAUGGGGCAAUUGCCCCAUGCAUGCAGAAAGCUAGGGGCCCCCUGCUUCGGGUCCUGUGCAUAACAUUGGCUGUCAAUGGUAAGUGAAUGCACCUAAGAUUUCAAGGCAAGGUGCUACCAGAGAGUAAUUUUCUGCAGCAGUUGCCACAGGAAAGCUGUAGGAGUGUUGUGAGGCCAGGCCUUAAGGGAAUAAUCCUUCCUGAGUGAGUAGUGGAGAAGGCAAACAGCAGCCCAGAACCAGAAGACAUGUGAGACUGAGCCCCAGGAAGCAGAAAAAAUCUCUGCCACAAGGAGGUUGGAAUUUGGAGGAGGUACUCAGGCAGGAGAAGUAUAACCUAAUCCCUAUUCCCUUACUCCCAUGUAAUAAAAAAAUAAUAAUGAAGCACAUCUGUCAUUCUGCUUGAUCCCAGGGCAAGGAAGAUCUGCAGGUGAGAAUUUGCAGCUUGUGCAUGCAGUAAUUCUUGUAUGUAGACUCCCACAUUUGUGCACACAUGCAUGGGUCCUUGCAGGGGGCAUCAGCAGGGAUCCCAACAUCACACCAGUACCGAGUCCCAUAAACCCUCUGGGUGGCCUUGUAAAGCUGACCAUGGCUGUGGGGGGGGGGUUGGACAUUGAAGGCACUCCACACCCAGGCUGCUAUUUAUCCCAGGGCCAGUCCCAGUCCUGCUUCUGAAAACCUACUGGUUCACUCAGACCUUUGCUGGUCAUUGAUUCCAGUACUAUUGAGAUUUGUCCGUCUUCUGUAGUUGUUACUGCUUUUACUAUAUGUGUUGGCUUUUAAUGUGCCAUUUUAUUGUUAUGUACUGCAAAACUCCCUCAGAUUUUUAAAUGAAGGGCAAUGUAAAAAUACUUGCUCAAAUAAACAAGGAAACAAAUCCUAGCAUAUGUUGUACCUGCAAAGUAAAUCACACAGAUAAGGCUUGAACCUCUUGUUCCUGUGAAUAUUGUUGCCUUCCAUAUGUUUAGAAUUGUGGCUGUUGGAGUUCUUUCUUAGUUGUGGAUGAGAUUGUUAGCUUCUCUAAUAGACCACUGGAGUCCACUGGUUUUAGAAGCCUUGAUUGUCAAGCAACUUGCCUGCACUGGAAUGUACCAUCUGUUGGACUGCUUCCUUAUCCUAAGCACAUUUAUUGGAUCCCAUUUGACACAUGAGAUCAUAGCAUUGUGGAGUAGGAAGGGACCAGCAAGUCUAACCCCCUGCAAUGUGGGAAUCUUUUGCCCAGUGUGGUACUUGAACCCACAACUGUGAGAUUAGCUGCUUAUUGGUCAGUUUUAAUUCUUGCUAUUUCUUCCUGGUGAGGCUGCAUUGUCAUCAGUGGGGGAAAAUAUGCAUCAGGACUUCAGUGAGAGACAGAAAAUAAAUAUGCUUUAUUAAAUAAGUAGAUUUGGUGGGAGAUUGCUGCACCCAAUUUUAUAGUAUCCUGUGAAAUUCCCUCAAAACAUAGUUUUUUUCAAAACCGAUAUGAGUCAAUAAAAAAGACUGAGCUGAUUCACCAAGGCUGCUUCUGCAUGGCCUGGGCAAAUGCUUCUUUCAUCAUACUCUCAUUUCCCUCUAUGCAUCCCAAGUGUCAAGGACUGUGUCAAGUGAAGAAGAGCAGAGUGGCCUUGCGGAGCUUGCAAAUUGCCAGCAUUUACUGCCGGGAUAUGACAUGGUUGUGGCCUGGAAUCAGAAAGGAAAGAUGGCAGUGCUAAUUGUCUGGGAUGAUUAGGUGGGAGGAUGUUGCAGAGCAUGAAAAGGCACGUGAGAAAGGAUUUAGUGAUAGGGAGCUGGGAGCUGCAGGAAUAGAUGGUGAAGAGACCAGGGAGAGAAAACUGAGGAAGGGUAUGUGAGAUAGAAAAACAGCGCUGAAAGAGGUGCUGGAUGAUGAGGUGUUUCAGCUGGCUGAAGAGCUUUGAUGGGUGUAGGCUGAAGGCUAGAUUUUUGACCCAGGUGUCAAGGAUCAACCCCUACCACAAACCUGUAUCUCUCUCCUACAGUCUGAAAGAUACACUCUACAAAAGCUGUGUAGUAUAAUUAUUGUGAGUGUGCCUUCUAUCAGCUUAGGCUGGUGGCCCACCUAUGCCCCUAUCUGGCCAGGGACAGCCCAACUACUAUUGUCUAUGCUCUGGUAACCUCUAGGUUAGAUUAGUGCAAUGUGUUAUAUGGUUCAGAAACUUCAGCUGGUGCAGAAUUUGCCAGCUAGCCAAGUUGCUCACAAGGGCAAGACAGUUUAAACAUAUUACACCAAUUCUGACCUGAUUGCACUGGCUGCCAAUUUGCUUCUGUUUGGUUUUUUUUUAAAUGAUAUUUAUUGAAAAUUUUAGAAUUACAAAAGAAAACAAAAAAGAAAAAGAGAGAGAGAAAAAAAGAAAAAACAAACCACAAUCAAACAAUACAAAUUAAUAGAAAUCAAAAUAAAAAAAUAGCACAACACGAUCAAAGGACAAAAAUAUACCACAAACAUUUAAAAACAAAUCCAACAUUCUUAAAUCCUUAACUGUCAUUACCUUCUUUCUUUGACCUCCUCCUCCCUUUUUUUUGUAUCCUAGUUGUUAAUUGUCGCAGCAAAUCCUUUCCAUAUUUCAUAAUAUUCUGCCAUUACAUUACCUUAAUCUAUUUUAAUCUUAUCUUACUAUAAAAAACCUUAAAGCUUAAGACUUUGAUCUUAUUUUUACCAAUUUCUCAUAACCAUAAUAUUCUUACAUAAUUCUUUAAACAUUUUUGCUAAAGCCAAAUAAUUUAGUUCCAACAUUUUUCUAACAUUCAUCAAUUUUAUAAAACAGUCCUAAUAAAAAAAAAUAAAAAACAAUCCAAUCUUCAUCCAGCGUCUCUUCCUCCUGGUCCUGGGUUUUGUCAGUCCUUUCUAUCCCAUCAAUCUAGCGCAUUAACCUGGUAAUCUUAUGUCCGAGGCCCUUAAGUCCCUUCCAUGUCCCUUCCGCAGCUCUUCUUCAUAUUUAUAGCUGUAUUUUCCUUUGUCUCCUGCUCCUUUCACUCGUGGGAACUCCAGCUUGACAAUGUUUUUGACCCUUCUCGACAAAUCAGCCCCUUUUCCAUAGUCCACACUAAACUCCAUGUGGUAUUUAAGAACAUGUUUCAAAGUCCCUCCAAAAUUAAGAGCCCCCACAACCCCAAACAUCUCACGGCCCAUUGCCAGACUUGAAAAGUCCAAACAUCCCUGCAUGGGGGGGUCUAUCCAACCCCCCAUUUCCAAACCAAACCAAACUUUAGCUUUCCAAAUCUGGCUUUUUCCAAGUUCAUUUGUCAAAUCCAAGAACUCAUGUUCCUGCUGGGCCACAGCUCCCUCCAUCUCUGGCGCCCAAGAUUCAGCAAUAUCCUCUUCCCUCAUCUGUUCUGUCAGGGCACACUCCUGAUUUGAUUCCUGGGUGGGCUCUAUAUAAUUUCUCACUGCCUGUCCAAAAUUUCUGAUCGCAUCAGUCAUGAAGUCUGUCUUCUCAUAUAGCUGUUCCAGUAGGGCACUUGUUUUACAGAAAGCACACAGCAGAGCUUCUGAAUACAUUGUCCUGCAAGGUCAGAAGUCUAUUCCCACGAUCGUAAUCUGUAGCAGCUGCAAGCUCCCGAUUCAGAAUUGGUUACAGUUUCACAGGCUCCUCUAGGGAAAAAUUUCUAUUUGUUCUUUUCUUUUAAAGACAGAUCUAACAACAAAGUUUCCUUUUUCAGAUAUUUUGUCAAUAUUUGUUCCUUUAAAGUGCGAAAGGGAACAAUGGAAUCACUAUGUUUCUCUUCUUUUAGCUAUCUGUCAAAAACGUUUGUCUCUGGUCAAUGAGCUUCAAAAAACGUCAGUCCUGACACCCCGCUCCAGGAUCAAGACGGUGGAAAGUUACUUUGCUUUACACUCACUUCUGCAGGUUUAAACAGUCCAGAAAAGAAAAUCCCCCCUCUUCUCCUGCUUCCGAAGGGGGUUCAACAAUUUUAAAUGAUGAAAUUUAAUCCUUUACAAGCGAUUUUCUGAACUCUAGUUUGCCAUGUCUUUGCUUUAAUCUAUCUACAAAGAAACGGAAGGCUGACUUCCUGUUUAGACCUUCCCGUUUCAGUGCCAAAUUGAAAUAAACUUUUAAGUCCAAUUUUCCUUUCUACUCGCAAAUCCUUAUUUAGAGUCCAAUUGUCCAAAAUUUAAGUACUCACGGGUGAUUGUUUUAAAAGCCAAUUUGUCCCAGGAAAAAGGCAGCGCUCUCCGGCAACAGCUGUGCGGCUUCGCUCCACGGAAGAAGCAAUUGACUCUCAGCACCGCGCCACUUCCCCCUCUUCGCUCCGGAGCCCGUUAGUGGGUUCCUUUGCGGGUUGGGGGGGCGCUAAAGGUGCCCGCCGAGUCCCAUGGUCACAGGCUUCAUCCGCCUGUGAUUUUUGAAAGGGUCCCCGCUUCACCAUAGCGGAAAAGACCCAUUUCCCGUGGAGCUGGUCCCUCCAGAUCAGAGGGAAUCCGCCAUUACCGAUGGCGCCACCCCGGAAGUCGGCUGCCAAUUUGCUUCUGGGCCCAAUUAAAAGUGCUGGUUCUGACCCAUAAAACCUUACAACAGCUCAGGAUCACAAAACCUCAAGGACCACCUCUUCCCAUAUGAACCAACCCAGACCCGGCCUGCAAUGAUCAUCUGAGGCCCUUCAUUGUGUGUCUCCUCCAUGAGAGGUUCGGAGAGUGGCAGCACUAGAAUGGGCCUUUUUAUUCCUUCAUUAUACAGUGGUACCUCAGGUUACAGACGCUUCAGGUUACAGAUGCUUCAGGUUACAGACUCCACUAAUCCAUAAAUAGUACCUCAGGUUAAGCACUUUGCUUCAGGAUGAGAACAGAAAUUGUGCAGCGGCGGUGCAGUGGCAGCAGGAGACCCCAUUAGCUAAAGUGUUAAAAACAGGUUAAGAACAGAUCAUGUUAAGAACAGUUUCAGGUUAAGAACGGACCUCCAGAACGAAUUAAGUUCUUAACCUGAGGUACAACUGUACACCUUUAGGCACCAGGCAUAAACAUUCUUCUUCAACCAGGCCUUUUGCUGAUUAAGAUACUAUAUUUUUUAAAAUGUGUUUGUGGGAUGGGGGAGUUACUGGUUUGCUUUGUACUUGUUUUUAUUAUGUAUUUUGUGUUUUUAUCUUGUAUUUUUAUGCUGUGAACCACCCUGAGAUCUUCAGAUGAAGGGCAGCAGACUGACUUGACUGUAUAAAUAAAUAAGAUGGUAUUUGUAGGAAGCUUCCUUAUACUGAAUUGUUCUACACUCACUGGCAACAGCUUUCCAGGGUUUCAUUCCCUGUCCUUUGUAGGCAUGGCUGGAUUAAGGGGGUACAGUCCCAAAAAUAGGGACCCCUUCCCUCAAACUGAAUGUGUGAAAUAAGGUACUGCAAAAAAGUAUUGUGGUAUCCUAAACACUAACAUGCUUAUAAUGUCGUAAGUUUUACAACAACAACAAAAUUACAACACCUCAGCACAUGCCAUUUAACAAUGCAGCCAGCUGAAAACAGGUUUUUUUUUGCCAACCUUGAUGACAAUAAUAAUAAUUAGAUAUCAUUACAGUGAUAUUACCCAAAGCUCUCAGGACAGGUUACAACAACUUAAGGUUUUUUAAAGCAACUUACAAAAAGAAGGUGGGUCUGGAAAACAUACAUAUCAAAUGUCAGAAGCCAUGGUAAAAAAACACACCUACAUCUUCAGCAUUUGCUGAAAGCUGCAUUAUGAAGGUGGAAAGGGAGUUCCACAAUUAAGGGGCUGCCACAGAGAAUGCCCUUUCCCAAGCUGCCACCACCACUAGGAGAAAAUACAAAAAGAAAGUACUCUAACCAUGUUCACUUAACACAGUAUCACUGUUUUUGCACACUUCCUGCCUUGGGUAGCCUAACCUACCUCACAUGGUCAUUGCGGUGAUAUAGAAGGAUGAAUAAAAUGGCUGAAAAAUGGACGUUAGUGCUGGCAUCAUAGACACCAGAUGUUGGUUCCUUUAACCAGACUUAUGCAUCUCUAUUCUAUAAACAGUCAUGUUUUCUUGUGCACCCCCUAAAAUGGCGCCAACCAAUCUUAAUCUGGCUUGAUUAUUGGAUGUUUUAGAUCCCUUGAGUUUUGGGCCUUAGAUUUCAACUGAUAGUGAAUCGCAACCUAACUGACAGGGGCUUCUGUUUUGCCUCCCUACACUGUUUUCCUGAUCUAAACUGCAUCCUCACCAAGUACUAUUAAUACCACCCUGGAGGGGGGGCAGUAUAUAAUGCCUACUGUUUUUUCUUAGUGAUGCUAACAGGAACAUCUAGCAGUAAUUAUGGUUGGUUGGCUGGCUGGCUGGUAUGGCUUAAAAUUCAGGUAACCUUGUCAUUUUUGUGCAAUAUUAUGGGUAAAGAAUUUGGCUCUUCAUCUCAUUUGAUACCCUGCAUGACUACUUGAAGCCAUAUCCCCCUUUGGUACUCAAUUGCACAAGGCCUUCUUGAGCUACCAGAGUCUCAUAUUUCCUGUACUUCCUUUUGUCAUUCAAAUGACAAUAUUCUACUACUCAUGUAUUCAAAACCUGUCUUCUCUCCCAUCUUUGUCGUGUCCAUAUAUAUCCUUCUGGGCAUCUGUCUCCUCUCUGGACAUCUGCAAUAGAACACUGCAGCAGGGGAAGCAUAGCUGUGUCUGCAAUCCAUAAUCAAGACUACUCUUAAAUUUUUAAACCUACAGAACUGCUUUGAAGUAAGUAGUUCCUUUACAAUCUGGUGUCCCAUCAUAAACACAUUCAUUUAGAAAUAGAUGAAUGGAACUUACUUCUACUGAAAGAGCCACAGUUCAGAGAAAGUUCAGCUUGUUUUUAAGACCUUUGAAAUAAUGCAAAUUAAGUGCAUUGUUAAACCCUUGUGCUUUGAUAAUUUCAACAACACUGGUUUAUGGAUUUUACCCAUUUCAGUUGGACCCCCUUCAUGUAGCACUUUCACCCAUGGCAGAAGAGGACAGCCUGCAGCCCAAGUGCCAACUAAUUUCAUGAGGGUGCCAAGGAAGGGGAAAUGGAAGGAAGAAAGAGGGUGGCACAGAGAGAGGUGGGUGGUAGAAAAGGUGAGAAGGGGGUGCCUCUUCCACUUUGGUUCUGACUUUGGCCCUGCCCACCACUGGCUGCAGCCUCACCCACCUCAAGCAAGUGGUCUUCAACAGAUUGUCCCCAAGCCAAUGUGGUCUUCUACAGAAAAGGGCUUUCCACACCUGAUGUACAGGAUGCAAGCCCCUAUUUACACAUCAGCAGACCAGCAUCCCUGAAGUUCAGUGGCACCAGAUCAGCAUUAGCAGAGGCCCAUAUCCCAUGCUAAAUUUAGGACAAAUUAGUUUCAAAUUAGAUUACAAUUUCCCCUUCUAGUUGUCACAGUUAUGGAAAUGUCUGCCCAGCCACAAAAGUUCAUUGGUACUCAUUUAGGGACUUGGCUUGUAUGUGGUAGGAAUCUAUUGAGUUUCAGAAACGUUCAGCAGGAUUAAAACAACUUGGCAAAUGGAAAACACUAAUGCCAAUAAAGCAGAAAGCUGCAGAGUACCUUCUUCAGAUUAUAACAGAUGCAGGAUCAUAUUUAUUUUUUAAAAUAACAUUUAUUGAUUUUUGCAUACAUCAAUAAAAAUAUAACUUUUACAGAAAAGAAAUUUAAAUAUACUAUGUGGAAAGGUGAUCUCACUAGACACACUGUGAACCACUGACAAUUGGACAUUAAUACAGAUGGAUAUUGUAUUGAAGAUUUUUUGAUAGGUCAUCAUUUUCUAAACAUUUUUAAGCCAGUUGCUUUUGUUGUUCUUGUUCUUUCCUUCUCAAGAAUUUAGCCAAAGGCAUUCUGGCAGCUGCCAGUAUACAUAACUGGAGUUCUUAGAUGCUCACUGGUAACACCAUUGUUUCAUAAUGAUGAAGACAGAGUAAAGGAUCUAUGAAAGGUCAUAUUGCUGCCUUAAGUUUAGUUCUGAAGUGUUUCAAAGUUUCCUUCUAACCCACAAGCAUCCUAAGUAGUUAGUGAACUGCCUGUCUAAAUGCAUUCUCAUUGACAUGGAGCUUUUGAUAAUUAAAACAAAAUGUAUUAAUAAUGUAGACAUUCACUUUAGACAGAUCUACAAACAUAUAAAUGUGAUAUAUUUUUGCUUAGGCCAGUCCACAGUUGCAUAAAUCAGUGCAAAUAAGUCAGCAAAAGUGUGAGCACAGUUGGUCCAACAGUUUGAGGACUGCAUAGUAAAUCAUCUCUCAAAUGCCAAUGCUUUUUCUAUUUAUUUUUUUUCAAAUAGAGGUUGUAGGGAGGAGUCAAUUGUAGGCAAGAAAAUGAGGGCUUCAAAGAAUCUGAAGAGGUCUAAGAAACGACAUGCAAACUCAGCAAAGGAGGUGUCUACAUUCCAUCAAAGUGAGCAGAGGGUCAGAACCCUAUUAAAGAGGAAUGGCUUAGGCCCAGUUCUCAUUGAGGUGCUGAACCUGUGUCGGAGCUGCAUCUCUUGAGGUCUGGUGGGGGCUCACAUUAAAUAACAGAAGGUCAUCUGACCCAACCCCUGCUCAAAGCAGAUACCAUGCAACAAGAUUACUAAGUGGAGGCUGGCUUGGCCAGUUACGAAGAGGGCAGUGCCCACCAACCUCAAUCUGCUCUCAGCCAGUUCCUACCUGCCAGCCUUCUGGUGUAUAACUAGCCCAGGGGAUGACUCUGGCUGUCAGCUUCCUCCUCCUUAGUCUCAGUUUUACCCUUGUAGAUCUCAGAAAGAGGAUGGGGGCAAGCCAAUAAACAGCCGGCCCCAUCCAUGCAUCCAUCUUUGCUUUUGGGAAUUAUUGGCUCUGGCUCCACCUACUGAUGGCCUCCUUGCCUUCCACCCUACCGAUGGGCACCAGCCACCAUUGCUACUUCUGUGCAGAGUCCACUCCACAUAGAAAAACGGAGUCAGAGAUCAGGGUUCUCACCUAGCCAUUUUCCUUUACAUGCUCCUUUGCUGUGUGCGGGCAACUCUCUGCUCACCCUAAAAUGUCGGGAGCAUUCAAUCUCUUAAGCCCUAUCUGGAUUCUGCAGGACCCAGGCCUGUGGCCCUCCAGAUGUUAAUGGAAAGGACUCCAACGCCCAUCCACCCCAGCCAGCAUGGUCAGUAGUCAAUAGGAGUUGUAGUCCAGCAACCUCUGAGAAGACCACAGGUUUCCCACUCCUGGUUUACCACUAGAGAGAGAGAAGUAGGCCUUGGAUUUCAUCUAAGCGCAACAUUCCCUAAAGAGCUUCAAAUCCUUCCACGCAUCGAGGGUGUGGCUGGCAAACUGCAAAGCCACACUGGCCCACUGGUCUCUCUCCCGCACGUUCGGAUGGCCACUACUCCAAGAUGCCUGGAGAAGUUUCCAGGGCUGGGGAAGCGUCGGGACAAGGGACCGGUCUGUUCUGCUUUUCCGACAGGCAGCUCACAAAGCCUGUCGCCCUGCCCCCCUUCCCAUCAAUUUCCUAAUUAGCGACGCCUUUCUGUGUAGCAAGCCGUUUCAUAUUAAUGUGGCAUUAUGCCUUGCUGGAGCAAGAGGCCGGAGAGGCCGCUCCAGCGGCGGGUAAGGCUCCGGGCACGCUUCCUGAGCAGGCGUUCCUCGGGAGCUCAUCGCGCAGGCGCGACGCGGAGGAAGCAGGCAAGGCAAGCAAGAGGGAAUUCUGCUGCGGCUCGGCAGCUGCCACCCGCGAGGAUGGGGCCGCAGCCCCGAGAGCCUCUUUCCCCUUCCCGUGCGCAGCCAUUCACCUUAGAUCACUGGGCUGCAGUAAAUCCACCCAUUCCCCGUGGUCUUCCCGGUGCAGUCGGGCGCCCCAGCGCGCACGGAUGUAUGCGCCUGUAUGGACAUGUAAAUAAAUAAAUCCUCCCCUCUGCUUGCUCGAAAGCCCCGAUUUGCAUCGCGAUUGGUAGCGAGUCAACUUUUGCUGCAAAUCCGCUCGCGCUCCCGAGUUUUGCGGUCUGUUUUCUUGGCUCGGCAGCCAAAGGCUGCCAAACAUACGGCGCUCUGCUUUUACAUUAAAAUUUCAGCGUGUAGGCAACUAUUUACAUUCUCGGCUUUACGGAGGCCUGUGUAUAUAAAAACCAUCGAACAUGCUGUCCGUGGGUGCAUUUGUGAAAAAGCAGGGAUCGAUCUGCUGUUAUUGCAGAGAGGGCUCACGUCAUGGACACACACACACACCGCCCCCCCCCCAAUCUAUUGUUUCAUAAAGGUCUCUUUCAGAUGCCUCUUGGAUUUAGAACGUGAGGCUGUGUUUUUUUCGGGGCUUUUCCCGUGGUUGUGUUUUUUAACUGGCUCGUAGCUGUUGCUGUUUCCCCUGCCCUGGCCUAUCAAAUGAUUUCCUGCCACACAGCGCUGUCUCCUUCCGUCUUGCAGCCCGAUCGACGACCCGGCUCGGUGGAGCACGCUUGCAUGUCUAAGCCAAUGCAAACCACGAUUUUCGUAUGGCCGGUGGGGUUCCCUUGCCAGAAAAGGUGGCCCUUGGGAUCAGGAGGAGGAGUAGGGAAAUAAACGGAGCCAAGUCCACAAACAAACAAAAUCUUCCUCUUCGGUUUCCCUAAAAUAGGGUUGAUUCGGUUUGGUUCGGUUUCAGAUAAGAAGAUUCGGUAUAAUUCAGAUAAUUUGAUUCGGUUUCAGAUAAGAAGAGGAAGCGUAUGUCAGCAACAAGGAUGAAAGGAGAUCCUGGGAGGUGUUUUUCCUUGCGAAAGGUAAAAGCAAUACAAAGAGCAAACCAGUUGCUGAAAGGAGCGGCGGCGGAGGAGAGAGACUCACCCUGUGAAAUAUUCCCUGAGCGGCAGCCUCAGCUAAACAACAGCCUCAACCAAGGCCGCCAAGGUCAAAUCCAGCCGGUUAAGAAGGGGGGAGGGGCGGGAGGGAUGCAAAGCUGGCUCGCUCGCUCGCUGGGGAGGAAGGCAUUGCUUCUUCAACGGUGCAUGGUUCUGUUUAGGCGGAGAGCAAAACAGAACAACCUCUGCCCGGCGAAAGGCUUUUUCUCCCAACAAAUUUAA